GGGAUGGGCCAGCAGGUGGGCCGCGUCGGGGAGCCGGGCGCCUCCUCCGCGCUCCAGCAGCCGGCGGCGGCGACGCAGCAGCAGCAGCAGCAGCAACAGCCGCCGCCUCUUUCCCAGCCCCAGCCGAGGGGGCUCCGGGGCAGCGCAGCCAGGCCCGCCGGCCGGAGGCGAGAGGUGGCCGCCCCGCGAGGGGCCGAGAGCGGCUUCAAUAUCUUCACCCAACACGGUAAGGUGGGAAGGGAACGGGGGGGGGGGGCGAGGAGGCUGCCGCAGAUGCUGGGCGCGGGUGGGUGUGGCGCUGAGGCGAGGGCUGGGGGGGCGGGGAGCGAAGCCUUCUCCUUUUUUUCCGGGGGGACGGGGACGGGCAGGCACACCCGCCCCCGCUCAAAAAAACACAACAGGAAGAAUUGCGCUCUUGCAUCAGACAAAGGUCUUCCUGGUCCAGCAUGUUGUUCCCAGCAGUGGCCUGUUAGAUGCCUGGAGGGGAGGGACCGGCCAAGCAGGAAGGCAGCAGCCCUUCCCUGUUGUAUGCUCCCCCCCCCAAAGCACCUUGUCCUUGACAGGUAUACUGCUCUGAACCAAGAUUGUGGCUCCAGUUUAACUGUUUCUGGGCAUAUGGGUAGGUAACCUCUGCGGACCUAGCUCGUGCUUGACUUUAGGGUCUCUCGAGCUUGUGAGCCAUCCCCCCAUGGCUGCAAACCGACCUGGCGAAAGCUUAUUAAAUGUAUUGGUCUUCUAGGUGUUCUUUUGGUUUUUGCUGCAGCACACAACAAGGCUGCCUCUCUGGAAUACAUAGCAGUUUUUGUUAUUCCCCUGGAAUAUCUGUAUAUAUGGUCGGCUUUCAUGUUUUCUACACACUUGAGUGAGUUGGUUGUUUAAGGGCAUCUAAAUGUUCUGGUGCUACAGAUGUAGGUCAAAGGCGUGGAUCCCUUUAGAAUGGCCUGUGUUAGUAAUGUUGCUAUAGUGGUGAGAUAUGUUUUAGAAAUUGCAACAAAAUGCUAUGCUUUAUCUGCAAUUGGGCUGUUUUCCACAGCAGGCUUUAGACCCUCCCGUUUUGAUUUUGUCUCUGUGUGUGUGCUUCCUGCCAACAGAUGUUUGUCUAUUGAUAUAUCUUCUGGUUCACCUUCACCCUUGCUCUGGCAAUUGCUGCCUUUUCUUUUCCCAUCUCCUGAUUGUCGUGAUAAAGUUAAUUCUGGUAAGGAUGAACCUCAUCCUAAGGUGCCUGUCACAAAUUGUGGCAACUGAGAUAUGCAUUGCAUUGCUUAGAAGGUGCCAAAGAUGUUACAUUAUUUCAGAACCUUAUGGUCACUGUUUAUCAGGGUUCCUUUCUACAUUCUUUGGUGACAUUGUGAUGGCAGCUCUGCUCUUAGGGUAACAGUCUGCUCUGUGAUGACCUUUACCAGCAGAGAUGAGGGCAGAAGAGAACUGUGUGUGUCCUCUCUUGAGGAAAAAGUCAGCAUCUGUAGCUGGGAGGCUGUGGGUAUGUCUGUGAGAGAUGCAAUGCUAUUAAGAAACACAUUGCAUAUCAAGGUAAAAAAGCAGUAUUGACUACUUAUAUUGUUAUUGUUCUUUCAUUAUCUCCUGACAAACUUAAUGUUGCAUGGUAGCAACUUUGCAGUAUAAUGAGUGGUAUUCAACUGAGUUUUACUCAAAAUAGACACAUUAAAAUUAAUGAGCAUGCCUAAAUUGGGUCCAUUAAUAGCAAUGGGUUUACUCUGAGUAAAACUUGGUUACAUACCACUCAUGAAAAGCUGCAGUUAGUCUAAAACAGAAAGCCUCUGAACCCCUCCUUAGGAUGAUUACCAAUUUAUCUUAAUUUCAGUAAUUUGUAAUACUACUUGUGAUUUUUACCACAUUUGACUAUAAUUUCUUUUAAGUUCAUGCGGUCAUUGUUGCAAAUGGAUUGAUUGAGAUCCAUAUGUAUGAACUACUUUAGCUGGAUGGGAAGUACCUGACCAAGGAGUUUGGUUAUGUUUAUGGUGAUGUAGGCAGAAUACAGCAGGUUCUCUAGCUUACAACUAUGAUUUUAAAAGUUUCUAUGUUAUAUAAAAAAAAUUCCAUGUGGAAUUGACACGUGGACGUCUGUGCUUUACACAUUGUUUUGGGAUAUGCCCUAGAGAAAUUGCUAAAUUUGUGUUGAGUGCUGGCCAGAUCCGCUCAGCUCCACAACCAUUCUCUUCUGCAUGAAAUGGAGUAGAAUACACCAAAUGCUCUGAUCCUGUGUGUACAUUUCAGGAGAAAGUGAGCAUUGGUGGAAAAGUCACUUUAAUAAAACUUGCCCAAGGUUCAUUGAGGAACCUUUUCAUAAUUUCUUGGGUUCUCUGGAACACCCUUUGAAAACUGCUAGGAAAGGAGGAUGUAGCUGGUACAGGAUUUGCAUAGCCACCUCCAUACGGCAAAUAUGCUUUGCGUGGAAGGGGAGAUACUGGUGUAACAACUGCUGUAUCAUAUACCCACUUAAUGCAGAGUGGGGGUGGGAAAUGUACCACUUGGAAAAUCCCCCAAACAGUGCAAAAAUAGCAGGAGCACAAACAAGGCGCACCAAUUGGGGAAAUGUGCCAGCAAUGCCGCCUACACAAAGAGGGAGUGAAUGAACUCGCAGUGAUGAGAACAUGUUCCGGAACACCUCCCUGUAACGCACACAAUGAUGCCACAGUGCCCCUGCUCCAUGAUCCCCAGUGGAACAGACAAAAAUAUCCCUGCUGCUCCCAGUCCCCAGGCAUAUGUACCAAUCGGGAUUUGAAUCUUCUUGGGCUGCUCAAGCACUGUUUUUGAGCACUGGACGUAAAGAGAGGGCAGAAGAAGCCACACAACACAGCAACAGCAUAGCUUCCUUGGCUACUAAUCAUGAGCCCAUCAUACCUUCUCACCUGCUGAGGCCAGCCAAAUUCAGCUCUUCCUAGCAUGUGUGGGGGGGGGGGGAAUCCCCAUCCAGCAUGUGGCAAAAUCAUAGCCUUUAUUCCACACUAUCUAGGGUGUAAUGGAUUCUGAAAAGAUAUGUAUAGGGUUGUUAACCAGCAGGGCAUCUGUGUCUUGGGCCUUCAGACGGCAGAGUAGCAGGCACCAGCUCUUUGUUGCCUGUUGCAUACCUAUCUGUCUUAAAGCUUUCCAAGGUGCCGGUUCCUGUCUAGAGUCAGUAAGGAUGUCAUUGUCCAUGGCAGAACAGGCAGGAGGCAUUCCAGUCACUGCUGAUCAUGGGGUGGGCCUUCCUUGUGAUCUAUGUGGAGCUGGGCGUGGCCUGUGGAGAGUAAAGGGAAGAGAUUGAAAGGGUAUCUAGUAAUACCUGGAAUAAAUAGACCUUGAACCCAGUGUCCGAAACUCCCAUGGUUCUAGGCGCAUUUUGCGACAGGGAAUUUCAUUAGCGCAAGCAGUUUCUGAGCUCUGGGAGCAGUACUGCGCCUACGAUUUCAGAUUAAAACUGCAGAGUGGAAGGAAAGAGGGACUUUUUUCUGCCUCCCUACUUCUAGCUACUGUCUGAAGACUGGAAAAGAGACUAGAUCAUGUGAAAAACGAACACAAUAUUUUAGCUGCAAUUCAUUCACUUUCAGCCUUGUUGGUUUUUUUGUUAUAGAAAAGCGCGCCUAGACAUUCUGUUGUUGCGCCCAUAACCUAGGUUUAAGGUGCCAUUUAGCUCCUAGCUUUCAUAUCUCAGUUUCUAACACUGCUGAACCUGCAUGCACAGGUACAAGAGAGAGUAAUAAAUGGUGCUUGGCCAGUGGUCAUGCCUUAGCCAUCCCCCCCACCCACUGCCCCCCACACAUCAGGGAAGUGGAGAGCGCACUGCCUUCUGAGUUGGUGGUUGCAAUUGAACUCUGGCUGUUCAGAAACAACUGGUAUAGCUGCAUGCUAUACACUGGGGCUGUGAUUCCUGAAUGGUUCCUCCAACACUGGCAGUAAUGCAAGGCACCAGGGCUGUGAACUUGUAAAGCAAAAGUACUCCAAAGUGUUUGGCCAGCUACAGUUGGAUUGGAGGGCUUGGCCUUUGCCAACAGAGAUCUUACCUGCAUGUGGGGAUGAUUGUUUCUUCUGUGUGGAAUACUCUUCUCCCUAUUGUAUGAGGUAAAGUAUUAAAACCAUAAAGCAGGUGGAGGCAGACAGCUACAGCAGCUAUAUUUUGCAUUGACUGUAUUACCUUUCCUUUCUUACUUACUUGUAUGGGGUUCUCUGUCUGUGCACCCCAGCUGUCAGAUUAGAGGAAGAAGGGCUGUUGGGUGUUUGUGGCUGGAGUUCCAAGGCAAGGACUCUUGGCAGAGAAGUGUUAGUAAUGUAGUCAGGUUUUCACGUAUGUUUUGGACAUGCUCUACCUGUAAAGUCAUGGUUUUUGCUUGUACUCACAAUAAAAUGUUCACAUGGAUUGUUGUACACAAGUUACGUAGGGGUAUAGGCUGAGUACUGGGUAGGAUGCUGUCCUUGAAACUUCAACCAGAGUUGUGGGUUCAUUUCAGCACUAGCCUCAAGGGUGAAUAAUAUUGUCUUCAUGGUCAAAGAGUAAGUUCUGAAGUUUCAUUUUCAUUUCACAUUUGUACCCUGCUUUUCCUUCCAGAAAGAAGCCCAAAGUAACUGACAAUUGCCGCAGCACAAUCAGUGCAAAAAUAUCAAAAUUACCAGUAGUAUGAACACAACAAAACAGAUAACUAUAAGGCUGCCUAAUACUGUGCCAAAGUCAUAUUGAUAAAUCAGCCAGUAAGUUCCAAAGAAGCCUGUCAAUGACCUUAGUUUGGGCCAAUAUCACUGCAGUACUUAACAGCAACCGCUGACGUCUUGUAUAUAUGAUGAAACAACUUGCAGAACAGAGGAUGUGAUGUAGUGGUGCCUUUCAAAGAUUCUGAGAUGGUACCUACUUCAUUCUAGUCUUAAAUUUAACUCAUUUCAGGUUUCCUGUAGAGUAGCUGUGUUUAUUGCACCAAGAUCAAUAAAAAGUUUUGUGGCACCUUAAAAGAUUAGCCAUUUUUGUUAUGGUGCAAUGCUUUAUCAGAUGCAUGAACUGGAUUAUAGUUCAUAAUAAAAUGUUAUUCUUCAAGGUGUGGCACACAAGGCUUAUUUAUUAUGCAUAUUUAUGGCCUGGCCUUCAUCAUUGUAGAGCUCAGGGUUAGACAAUAAUACAAAUUGCAUAUCCCAAAUUACUUAAACUAAAAAUAAUUAAAAUCACCCAUCAUCAAUAAAAAAUAAGAGCAAGUAAAAUAAAUGUUAAAACUGUAAAGCUUCUGAGAACUCCAGGUUGUUAACACAGAAAAUUUAAAACUAGUUAAUUGUGAGGAACAGAAGAUACCUGGACGCUUCUCCUUCAUGCAAGUUCAUCUUGCACACUAUAUUUUUAGAUGAACAUCUACAAAUGUAAAGCGUAAAUUCAUAAAGUAUGUAUUUAGAAAACAUCCAUGAUACAGACACAAAUUUAAGGGAGCUGUGCAGUUCUCUUGAGUAUAUAAUUGAAUAUAUAUACUUAACUUCAAACCUGUCUGAAGGAUGGAAUCCAUUUACGGGAUUCAACUGCUGAGUCACGUCAGCGGAAGCCCUGCUUACAUGACAGGAUUUCCCUGCUCUCCUCCCCCACCAUGUCCCUGAAUUUGGCCCUGGGGGAUCGAAAGAUUCACAUGGGGGAGGAGAGGAGGGAUUGUUUCAUAGGACAAACUGAUGCUUGCACAGAAGGAAAUAUUGUAAUAGUGCAACAUUCAAUGUAUUGCUACCCUGCUAUUCUGCUUGUAACGUAUGCAAGAGACAGGGUAGAAUUUUCUUCCAUUUCUGGGAACAAGUGGCUUCCUUCCACUCUACUCAGAAGGGUUGUCUUCAGCAUGUAUAUCAUCCUAGGGUUACUCUGUGGUCUCUUUAUGUACUGUGAUCCACUGCUUAGCUCUGCUGUAGUGUUCCCAGAGUACCGUAUUUUUCCAUGUAUAAGACGCCCCCUAUUUUUUGAACCCAAAAUUAAGAAAAUGAAACCCUAAAAUAGAAGUGAAAAUCUGGAUGAUUGCCGGUGGCAAGUUGUUGAUCUUUUUCAAGGCGAUCACCCUCAGAGUUUCCAGCAUGAGGUGCAUGCAGUGUACCGUGGUGCAGAAGCAAAGGCAGCGACUAGGGGGCACCACACGCUCCCCCUCAGUGGCAGCUGCUGCUGCAGGGAAGCAGGAUGCCAAGGAAGAGCCAGGGGAAGGCAGCGGCAGGUGGGAGUUUGAGAGGGGAAGAGGGGGGAAAAGGAAAGAAGGGCAAGGAGAGGUAGCUGGGGCAGUUUUCAGUGGCGGCAGUGGCAGCUGCUCUCAAUCCGGUGGUCGAGCCAGUGGGGGCUUCAGGAUGCGAGCCCACUCACCAGCAUGCAGCCUGGAGUGGGGGGAUAAAGGGGGGACGGCAACAGGAGGGACCGCCUCAGCCCGCCCAAGCCAAAAUCCCGGACAUAUGCUUAAAUAUUUUUAAAAUUCCCCCAGAUGCCCAUGUUCCGUGUACAAGACGACCCCCAAUUUUUUACUAAUUUUUUAAAGCAAAAAACCUCAUCUUAUACAUGGGAAAAUAUGGUAUUUCACAGGUAGGAAUGUAGAGCAUUUCAUCUUUUCCACUACUGUAUUGGGGGUGUCAUGCAUCCUCUUCUGUUCACAUGCUGGGUUCUUAGCUCUAUCCUUUCAUCUUGGAGUUUGUUGAUAUUAGCUGGAGAAAGUAGCUUAUAAGAUUGCUUCCCAACAUCUUUCACUUAGCUUUACAGGUGGGGCAUAGAGUCUACAAAUACACAAACACAGAAACCUUAAAUGGAAAGUGUGUUACAAUGCCUUUAUUGGGACCAACUAAAAAUCACUAUAUUAUGCUUUUUGUUUAGUAUGUCUUUGUAUAGCUAUUAUGCAUCAUGUAAGCACUUCUGUCACAUAGAGCCAGGCACAACUGACUGCAUGUUGGAACAAAAUAGCUUGCUUCCCAUCCCACCUGUCUGCAGCUGAAUUCUUGUGGACCUGCUCAGCAGCUAUUAAAGCACUUUACAGGUAUAUAAGCAGUAGUAUAUGGUUCUGUUUACCAAAGUGUUUUCUCCUACUUUGUACUAUUUCCCUCAUUGACUUGUCUUGUUUGAGAUAAGGGAAACUAGUUUUACAUAAAAGGUGUUGGUUACGAUGGCUAGUGUUUUGAUGGAACUCAGUUAUUUUUGCUGGAAGUUGUAUAAUAAUUUAAAGAUGCUGCUUCUAAGCUGUAGGACUAGAUUUACAGCUUCACUUUAGAGAAAUCCUGGCUCUUCUGGAUUUGGCUGUUGAGCAUGGUUCUAUCUUAACUAAAGCUAGUUAAUGCCUCAGACGAAAACUUUGUCAGCUGGGAGAAAAUCUAUUAUGUUGAAUGCUGUUCAUGCUGUGUUCUUGCAUUUAAACAGUUUUAAUUGUCCUGGGCACCAAUCCAAACCUUGGGUACAUUCAGAGAGCCAGAAAAUCACUUUCAGUGGCCGGGGACUUUCUCUUCCCCCAGUUACAAUCUAGGUCUGCACCCCUUAUUGCACCUGCAACUUCUUUUGGUUCUGGUGGCCUGAUCCGCACUACCCAAAAAUUCCUGUUUUAGAUGGCAGCACAAUUAGGUACCACUGAACCUGAAGAAGGUUCUGAGACCUGAUUGCUUACAGAUAAUGGUAACUUGCUAGGCUAGAUCCAAGCAUAAGACCCAGAGCUUCCCAGUUCACUACUUUGUGUAUGCUCUUACGUAGACCCCCAAGCCUAUGGAGCACUGAUACUCCAGGCUGUAUUCUCAAAACUUAAACAUAAUUAUUUCAGUUUCUUUUUAAACAGUAGUGGAGAAAUAAGCAUUACUGGACAAUUCAACUUGUUGACUUUUUGUGAAAACUGUGUUUAUCCAUCCAACUGUGUGUAUCCAUUUACUCAAAUGUAUUAUUCCCAAAACAAGGUUGUGGUGCAAGCAAUAGAUAAACCUUUUAUGUGACUUUUUGCCCCUUGUUUAAUAAAGAUACUUUGCUGUGUGCUUAAUGCAGUGGUACCUCGGGUUACAGAUGCUUCAGGUUACAGACUCUGCUAACCCAGAAAUAGUACCUCGGGUUAAGAACUUUGCUUCAGGAUGAGAACAGAAAUCGUGCAGCGGCAGCGGGAGGCCCCAUUAGCUAAAGUGGUACCUCAGGUUAAGAACAGUUUCAGGUUAAGAAUGGACCUCCAGAACGAAUUAGGUUCUUAACCCGAGGUACCACUGUACUUGUAAUCCAUUUUGAAUGAAAUGCAUAGCAAUUGUUGUAAGAUACUAAAUAGGAUAUGGCUGAGAAAAAGGAGCUUUGAUGUGGUUGGCCCAGCAGAAGCUCCUUGGUAGUAAUGCUGGGUGCACAUCCAAGUUUCCUUCCUGGACUUGAGGCUUGAUGUUUGUACAAGCUUUUCAUACAGCAGGAAUUGACAGUUUCAUGCCUUUUGCGGGGAUGGGGAUUUUAGUAGUAUUUGUAUAUGUGAAAGUUAAACAAGAUAACUUGAAGGGUAGGUUUAAUAAGGUCUUCCAAAAGCAGUCUAUUGUUGAGAGACACAGUUAAAUCAUGCCUAUGGACUAAAGUAGCUAAAAACAAAUAGACACAUACACCAUUGUGCAUAUUAUUACAACCUUUAAUAUGUAUCAAUGGGAUCCUUUCAUUCUUUAUUUUAUUUUUUCUGACAUUGGUAUGGAAAAAUAUGCUGGCAAUAGGUUUUGGGGCUUCCCGCCACUUGCUAGUGCAGCAUCAUAAAACUUUUAACAGUAAGACAUACUGAUGAGAUUGGCAGGGCAUGCAUUUGCUUAUCUGAUUGUGGUUGCACACACCCAGGUAGUAAAGCUUAUUGACCUCAGUGGACCUUGCCUUUAACAUGUGUAGAAUUUUGCUUUUAGGGUAGGAAAGAAAGCUGUUUUUAAGUUAAUUCUUGCUAGUUAGCUUUGACUGCUGAACAGUUUUCUUAGGAAGGAUUGAUUUUCCCAUUUUUGAGCUAUGCAGCCUGAUCUGAUAUACACCAUACAUUCUUGUAAAUAAGUGCUGAUAAGCUCCUGCCCACCUAGCGGUUCAAAAGCACGUCAGGUGCAAGUAGAUAAAUAGGUACCACUGUGGCGGGAAGGUAAACAGCGUUUCCGUGCACUGCUCUGGUUCACCAGAAGCGGCUUAGUCAUGCUGGCCACAUGACCCAGAAGCUGUCUGUGGACAAACGCCGGCUCCCUUGGCCAGUAAAGCGAGAUGAGUGCCGCAACCCCAGAGUCGUCCAUGACUGGACCUAAUGGUCAGGGGUCCUUUACCUUUAAGUUCAAUAAAAGUGUUUAUAAAGGCCUUUAAUGUGUUCAAACCACUUCACAUACACAGUAGGUGAAUAUUAUUGGGAGCUGAGACUGGUGGCUAGCUUAGUCCAUGGCUGAUGUGAUUUUUUAAAAAAUGGAACUUCUUAUAUUGUUACACAGCCUCUAACCAACUUCUUUUGCCUUUUAAGUAUAGGCUGUAAUAGGAAUUGUACAGUUUAUCCUGUACUCCAAAAGAGCCCUGCUAGAUCAGACCAAAAGUUCCAUCCAGUCCCAGUGUUCUGUUUCUCUCAGUAUCCCGCCAAAUGCUUCUGGAAAACACAUCACAGGCUUGAAGGGCAAUAGUCCUCCCAUGCUACUGGCCCCCUCUCAGCAUCUGUUUUUCAGUAGCAUGCAACCUUUGAAAAUGAAGGUUCGGCUUAGCUAUUUGGUUGCCAGCUUCUACGCUUUUUCUAGCUCUGUGGUACCCUAUUGAGAUGAGAUGACCAGAACAAUUUGCUUUAUUUCAAAUCUAGCUGCACUGUAGAGUCAUAUAAAGGGCAUUAUGAUACUGGCAGUUUUAUUUUCAGUCUCUUUUCUAAUAACCUCUGUCUUUUUCAUUGCCACCACACACUGUCAACAUUUUCAAAUUCUUGAGCCAUCUUAGUCAGGCCCUAAUGUGCAUCACCACAUAACUACUUACAGGAACCUUGCAUGCCAUUUUGUUGCUUACAGAUCUUGUUUGGAGAUAUCUUUUAUUGGUGUCAUCUAAUUUGGAGUUAUCAGCAAACUGGACCAUUUCACUGCUCAUCCUGACUCUGAUCACUUCUUAUUUUAUAUUUGUACAAUUGAAGUAUUUUUAAAGGAAAUAACUGUCUAUAUAGAGUCACCUUUCCAUGGGAACACAAACUGAAACUACCAGCUAUGUGUGAAUUCACGACUCCCAUCUUAACACAGCUCACAUAGGUAGUCUGUUUACUUGAGCAGUUUAACACAAACCAGUGAACAGUACAUUAUCAGGACUCCCAUUUUGCCCAUCACUCUGGUAUGCGAUCAGGCUGCAGACAAGCUAUAGAUGCUUUCAAUCCACUCCCAGAUGAUAAGUGCUUGUUUGACAGAUUCAAGGCAGCAAGAAAUUUUGUGGUAAGUGUGUCUAUUGAUAAAGUUUGUCCAAAGAGCUUCUCUCACCCAGACUGUUAAUGAGGACAGGCCUGUUCAGGCUUUGGAAAGUCUCAAAGAAAAUUCCAUAAUAUUUUUAUUUGUUGUCAAAUGUAGGGGUCCACAAAUCUGUGCACCAGAACCUGUGGUGUGCAUGAUACCCCUUCUCCCUUCAGAUCCAUGUUCACAUUCUUAGUUGUGCACCUCCCGUUUUCACCUUGUUUUCCAGUUUGUCUGCUGCUGAUAUAUACUCAUAUAUCAGUUGCUUCCACCACCACCUCUUUCUAGCCCCUCUUGUUGCUAGCCAGUGCUUCGUGUGUGAGCUGCUUCUCUCUCAACACAUCUCAUACACCUUCCAGUCAUACCCAAUUGGAGAAGAGAUAUCUGCAAGAUAGGCAAUGAUAGUUGUUGCACAGAGCAUCAGCUUGUGAUGGAAAGAGAGGAGGUAGUGGCUCACAUGAUCAGUGCACUUGUUGGGAGGAGGAGGUAGCUGCAGCUGCGCAGGCAGAAGGGUAAAGAGGCAGGGCUGGAGAUUUUCCACGAGCUCUGGAGAGAAUUUCCCAAGUGUAGCAUGACAUGGACUGUCCUCAGCACUCUCCUCCUGAGCUGAUGAGGGGGAGAGGAAAGGAUUGUCUUUGAUUUUAGCAUUGUGCUUCAGAGACUCCUUUGAAAUUCAAUGUUGUGUCAAAGACACCCCUGUGGGCAUGAUCCUAUCAAGGCCAGCCAAUUUUUUUGCAUCUCUGUGAAAUGUUACUCAUUACUUUUUCUAACUGAACUGUUACAGGCACAGUACAGUGGUACCUCGGGUUACGAAUUCAUUCUGGAGGUCCACUCUUAACCUGAAACUCUUCUUAACCUGAGGUACCACAUUAGCUAAUGGGGCCUCCCACUGCCACUGUACCGCUGCUGCACAAUUUCUGUUCUCAUCCUGAAGCAAAGUUCUUAACCUGAGGUACAAUUUCUGGGUUAGCAGAGUCUGUAACCUGAAACAUCUGUAACCUGAAGCGUCUGUAACCCGAGGUAGCACUGUUCUAUAGUACUACUACUUUAGCAUGGCCAUGCAGAGGAAGGUAAUCUUCCAUUUUAAAUUAGCUGGAGUUUGUCAUGAUGUUUGAACCCAGGGGAGUGCAUGAGCACAAGGCUUGCUGUGGUUCCUUCUCACAAAGCUAAGCCAUGAUUUAAUGUUGUGUGUAAACACAGCCAUUGUGAUGGUUAUGGGGUCACCCACUUCUUUUCUGGUGAUAGUAAACUUGUAUGGAAGCAGAUAGAUGCUGACCUCAUGGUUUGACUUUUAGCUGCAGCUCAUUGUCCCCACUGUUGGGCAAAGGCCCACUAGUUGAAUAAUUUAUAGAGCUUUGAAUCUUUCUGUCAUACCUUAUUGGAAAAAGUAAAACAUAAAAACAAGACUAUUGGAAAUGUGCUUAAUUCAGAAUUUUAUAUUAGCAGCAUAAGGCCCUAUAAGGAGUCAUGCAUCUUUAAAAGUCAUAAGGAGACUCCGUCCACCUCUGCAAGUGGAUGGUGUGGCCCACCUGCCAGCCACUUGAUGGCCCUUAGGCGACCCAACUUCAAAGGACAGAACUGGGAGUGCAUUUUGAGUACACUCCUGAUUCUUUCCUUUCUUUCUUUGCAUCCUGCCUUGAACUUAAGCUGGGCUUGAAAAGCAGAUUCCUAUCAACUACAAACCCUGCUUUUGACAGGGAUUGGUUGCACAUAGCAGUUCCCAAUUGAGGCCUCCUUCAGUGGUGGUUCCCCGUUUGUGGAAUGGCCUUCCUCGUGAGGUGCCUCCGUCUCUCAUCAUUAUUGACUUUCAUUUGGUGGGUGAGAGAUACUUGGCUAUGGCUACCUUGAAAUUAGCAACUGAAAUAUGUCAUUGCAUUUGAAUGUUCUGAAAGUUUUUUUUGAUGGUUUUUAAUCAUUUUUCAGUGUUUCAAAUACAUUUUUUAUUUAAAUGAUAUGGUAUCUGGUUUGCGGCAGGUAGGAGGUAGGUGGGAAUUAGGACAUCUGACAGGUGUAGUAUGACCUAUGGGCCAGAGGUUACCCACACCCAACCAAUUCUAACCUCUUCUAAGACUAGCGUCUCCAUCAUCAGAGAAUGUCUAUUUUAAGAUUAGUGUUGGCAAUCAAUUACCUUAUUUUGCCAGAGCAGUCCAGCAUGCUAGAUGAUGAAUGGUGCUUUACAGGGGCAGCCAAUAUGGUGCCAUCCAGAUGUCUUUGGAUUCCCAACUCCCAUCGGUCCCAAGCAAUAUAGCCAAUAAUCCGGGAUAAUGGUAAUUGGCAUCUAGCAAUAUCUGGAGGGCACCGCAAAUGCCAGCAACCACGUUGACUAUGUAUAAUGUUUUCUCAAGUAUAUAGGGGACAUUUUACUAAGUGCUUCUUCUGACCUUGACGUCAGAACAGUGAUUGUUCAAAACCACGCCUGUGUCCUUUGUUUAUACAAAUUCUCCUGUUCAGCUUCUGCAUUACUGUGAAAUAGCUAAUGGUUAUUCACUUCAUUUCGGUGUCAUGUAUGCUGUACCUACCUUUAGCUGGCCACCCAGUUAUUACCUUGACGAAUAUAACCAUACAGAUCAAAUUGUAAUUAGUUGUGGGUUGUUGUUUUUUUGUAUGGUCUGAAGGCACAUGCUUGCUAAAGCUAAGCAGGCCUGAGUCUGGUCAGUUCCAUAGUGGGAGACCUCCAGUUCCAUGAUAAAAGAUGGAAUUUAAAUAUAAACAAACAAGUAAAUAAAAUACACCAUCAUUUAAACUGAGAGUUGAAACUGGGAGGAUUUGAUUUGUAAGCGUUUACUUCAUGUCAUAGAGCAGGUGAGAGAUAUUUCAGAAGUCAGCAAGGAGUUGCCACUGGCUUACAAUGGCACUCAUCACAAUAAGUGUUUAUCUUUUGAUCUGUAGUGUCUGGCCUUGUGGUUACACAAUGGCUCAAUUUAUUUAAAAAGCUAAUGCUAUUAUGGUCUCUAAAGAUAUUUCAUUUAGAAUAAAUGAGAAGCCAGCUACAUUACAGAUCCCUUGAGGUUUGUUUCUGGCAGUACUAGUAAACCACUACACAAAGCUUUGUUGCAUUAGCAAUCUCUGUUGUGGAAAUCUCAUAGUUUCUGAAGUUUAUCAGAGCUUCCUCAAAAUAUGGUAUCUCUAAUUAUAAAUAAUUAUAAUGGCUUUUUUUAAUCAGCCCAACUGGCAAAGUUUAAUCCAAACUUGUUUUUAUAAGGUGUCUUCUGAUUCUAAAGAUAUGGAAUCAGAACCCACAGUUUUCUUUCUAAGAAUAGAGUUGCUUUUAUUGGAUUUAAUUCAAUUGAUUUUGGGCAGUACACAUUAUGCUUCUUUCUUCUUUUCAGGAAGUUUUAUUCUGGUUAAUCUCCAGAAUACUGCAUGCAGAUUACCUUGAUCCUAAAUAUGCUUUAACUUCAGUGUGGUAAUAAUAGUUUAUUGGUGUUUUACUGAUACAGCAGUGAUAUGGUCCACUCUGGUUUCCUUAUUGGCUGUUAUGGCACAUUUUAAAUUGGGUUGCAAUUUUUCAUCUGACAGCUUUAAUUUAAGCCACAUCAUCAUAUUAAAAUUGUUUGCCAAGUUUGAAACAGAGGGUGGAAUUUAACAUCACACUGUGGUAAACAUCCCAUCAGCACAAGCAUUGCAGCUUGUCAGGCUGAACAGGCCCCCCCACUCCAAUGCACUGUUCUGGGGGUUUUCUCAGUCCCCCACACCAAACCAGUUUCAGGGGGAGAGGAGAGAGGGGAACCUUGUUGUGCUAGCAGAAGCUCUCCCAUAGGGCUGACAGGACCCAUAGGAAGCAGAUCAAAGACUGCAUAUGAGAAUUUGAACAUUUGGGACAGGAUUCACCUAAUGAGCAAAGGAGUCAGGAGAAAAAGUUGCAAUCCUGUAUUCACCCUUCAUAACCUAUCUCUGAAAUUUCACAAGAUGAAGCAAGCUGUUUUCUUGUGCACUGUGGACUCUUCUCCAUUGUAUUCCAGGCACUCCCUCCAUAUUCAAAUAGGUGUUGUCAGAAUAUUCACUCAGUUCUCCAUUGCUUUGCUAAACACUUUUUAUCUGGUCUGUGCCUGUAUAAUAAAAGUUGCAUUUGAUAUUUGUAUUUGUUAAACACAGUAGAACUAAGGAGACUUCCCCUAUAACUCUUGCAGUUCAGAAACUUGUGGGUCUCACUGAAACUGACUGGAAUCCCAUUUCUGUUUUUAUACUGCUGCUUGGGAAGCCUGUGAACAGCAGUAACAGCAGGCAGGGUCAUUCUGGCGUAUGGUUGCUACUGCAGGUAAAGGUAAAGGGACCCCUGACCAUUAGGUCCAGUCGUGGCCGACUCUGGGGUUGCGGCGCUCAUCUCGCUUUAUUGGCCGAGGGAGCCGGCGUACAGCUUCCGGGUCAUGUGGCCAGCAUGACUAAGCCGCUUCUGGCGAACCAGAGCAGCGCACGGAAACGCCGUUUACCUUCCUGCCGGAGCGGUACCUAUUUAUCUACUUGCACUUUGACAUGCUUUCGAACUGCUAGGUUGGCAGGAGCAGAGACCAAGCAAUGGGAGCUCACCCCGUCACAGGGAUUCGAACCGCCGACCUUCUGAUCGGCAAGUCCUAGGCUCUGUGGUUUAACCCACAGCGCCACCUGCGUCCCACUACUGCAGGUAGACGGACACAAUUUCAUGAGUCUUUGCUUGGACUGAUAAGGCUAAGAGCAGAAUCCAAACACUAUGGAAGCAGCAAGGUUAAAAGGAGUGGUUCAGCUAGCACUUCAUUUAAAGAUCUAGUGCGGGCACCCCCAAACUCGGCCCUCCAGAUGUUUUUGGGACUACAGCUCCCAUCAUCCCUAGCUAGCAGGACCAGUGGUCAGGGAUGGUGGGAAUUGUAGUCCCAAAACAUCUGGAGGGCUGAGUUUGGGGAUGCCUGAUCUAGUGCUUGUGCCAGUCAGAAUGGAAGGGGAAGGGCAGUGAUUACACCUAUUUUUUCUGCACCAUCUCUAGUCUGAGGCAACAGAAAGGCCUAUAUUGCCAGAAGCUAGAUCAGCUUAGAAUCCAGCAGUUCCUUGGCUGGCCCAACUCCACCUCCCGUCUCCAAAACACUGAAGGGAAUCCUCUGGAGCAGUACAGAACAUGGCCUAAGACAUUAGCAGAAUUCAGGAAUCCUUCCACACAGAAGCAUAAAGUGCAGGAUAUCUUUGGAUCCGCUUGUAACAAGAUUUCUGUGGAGAACCAGCUAGGAAAUCAGCUGGGCGGAUAGUCUUCUUCCACCCAUCCCUUACCUAGGGAACAUUAUAUUUUGACUUAACUAGAUUUAUUAUUGCACAAAAGAUGUAUUAAUUUGCAGAUUUGAGAGAGCUGUAGAAGUAAUGGUUACAUGAUUGUAAAACUACUGAAAUACAAUGUAUAGGUAAUUGCUCCCUUUUUCCACUAGGGGAUGCUGCAGACCUUAAAUAACAUGCCAAUGUGCCAUUUAUAGAAGCCUCUUCACAUAUGCAUAGGAAAUUAAUGAUAGCUGUAGUUGGGACCCCAGAGUGGUACUUGGUCUUCUAUACAGGUAGAUAAAUAAAAAUUGGGGCGCGGGGGUUAGAAUAGUUUGGCUCGUGUGCCCCUAUCCUAGUGUCGAGAGAGAAAACACUGGCAAAACUCCAGAGUUGUGAUUUUAAUGCUGCUAUGGGAACGACCUUUUAACAGUGUUCAAUAGAAAAUACUUUGGGCGUAUUUUGAAACAAAGCCCUCUUUUUCAUACCAAAUAGUUCUGUGCUUGGUUAACUUUUUGCUUUAGGCAGAUGUGUCUGUGCUGUAAUGCGGCCUUAGCAAUUCUAGACUAUCAGACAGCAUGUUGUAAGCCAGUGAUGAGGGGUUAUUUGAGACCUCCACCAAAGUGACAAGGGACGCAGGUGGCGCUGUGGGUUAAACCACAGAGCCUAGGGCUUGCCGAUCAGAAGGUCGGCGGUUCGAACCCCCGCAAUGGGGUGAGUUCCCGUUGCUCGGUCCCUGCUCCUGCCAACCUAGCAGUUCGAAAGCACGUCAAAGUGCAAGUAGAUAAAUAGGUACCGCACCGGCGGGAAGGUAAACGGCGUUUCCGUGCGCUGCUCUGGUUCGCCAGAAGCGGCUUAGUCAUGCUGGCCACAUGACCCGGAAGCUGUACGCCGGCUCCCUCGGCCAAUAAAGCGAGAUGAGCGCCGCAACCCCAGAGUCAGCCACGACUGGACCUAAUGGUCAGGGGUCCCUUUACCUUUUACCAAAGUGACAGAAUAUAAUUUCAACUACAAAUCAAAAUGAUUGCAGGUGUUUCCUUUGCGCCAUUUGCCACGUUGUUUAAAGUUUGGAGUCCCUUUCAGGUUGCAUGAAAUAACUUGGAGGAAUAUGUAGCCCCAGGAGGUUUUGGGGUUCUAAUUACUAAAGGAAGCUGCCUGAUAACAUGCAGGUUGCUGUGAUGUAUGUCUAUCUUUUUACAGUCUUUGCCCUUGGCGUGGCUAAUCUGUGGCCCUCUAGAUGGUGUUGGAAGCAGUCCCAGGCAGUGAUUAGGGAUUAUGGGAGUUGUAGUCUAGCAGCAUCUGAAAGCCCAUCCUUGGUCUGGCACAAGAGAUAUUUAAGGGAGAUGUUCAGAGAGCAGAACUAUGGGAUACCAGUGGAAGAGAUACACACAAAUUCAGCCGACUUUUGAGGGGAAAUCAUUGGUCUCCAUAGCUAUUACCAGAGUUAUUCUGAAAUGAAUCAAGCUUCAACAGGAAGAGGCAGAAGCUGUGCACAGUGAUGCUAAUCACUGUCUCCUUUCUGACAUCAUAAUAUACUGCCAUAUUGCAAAGUUUAUCUGGUAUUACACUAUGAUGUUGUAAAGCAGAUAUUGCCCAGAUAUUGCGCAGAUCCAUACUUGCAGUUUAAAAUAAUGUGGUACAAGGUUUUCAAUUAUAAACUAAGUGCAUCUGUGGAAGCGACUAUUUGGAUGUUUUGAACCUGCAACCGACUGGGAAAGGAAGGGGCCUCCCUUUCUCCUUAUUUAGUGGAGACACAAUGAGGCCUCUCCUCUUCCUUAUGCAAUUUUACUUGCCUUACAUUUACCUUCCUCUUGUGAGAUCUCGGGUGCAUCCCUGGGAAGCGCUGCGAGGCAGGUUCUUGUCUGAUUUGUAUGCAUUUGGAGAUUAGCAUGCUUUGUUGUGUUCUCUGUUUCUCUGAAGUCCCUGUAUGGGUCACAUAUCACCAGCCAAAAGUACUUGGCCUGCUAAACUGUUUUGUAAUAAAUAUUUGCUGAUCAGAAGAGAAACAAUAAUUAGAAUUGGGGGAAUUUCAGAAACUUCAGAAGACUCCAGAGCACAGGUUAAUGCAGCAUAAUGACAGAUCUCUGGAAGACCCACCUUCCCCGCAUUUCCAGAGCAUUUCCAGUGAACUCUGUUAGAAGUGUAACUCUUAGGCACUUGGUGCCUGUGCUACUGUGAUGAUGGCUUGCAAGUGUUUGUUUUCUGCUUUCUGACCCUGUAUUCCUUGUCCGAUUCAUAAAUACUUGCAGAUAUUGCAUAUAGCCAGUAGAUGAUGUUCGACUAUGUGAUUUGCUUGAGAGGAGAGAGAGGGCAUAUUUCAAUAGGAGAGAGUUGCAGGACAGAGCAUCCCUGCUCCUGAAUUAGUGGUGGUUGUGGUGAGAUGCACGUGUCAUUCCAGUCGGCUGGGGAUCAAGGGACCCUCACUCCUACCUUUGUUAACGUUAGAUAAUUUAUAGCAAUUUUAAAAACCAGGCAGUCAGUUUCACAAAUGUGUUCCCUAUGGAAUAUUUGACUGCUACCAGGUGAUUAUACAGUGGUACCUUGGGUUAAGUACUUAAUUCAUUCCAGAGGUCUGUUCUUAACCUGAAACUGUUCUUAAUCUGAAGCACCACUUUAGCUAAUGGGGCCUCCUGCUGCUGCCGCGCUGCCGGAGCACGAUUUCUGUUCUCAUCCUGAAGCAAAGUUCUUAACCCGAGGUAAUAUUUCUGGGUUGGCGGAGUCUGUAACCUGAAGCGUAUGUAACCUGAAGCGUAUGUAACCCGAGGUACCGCUGUAUUGUCAGUUUGACUGACCAGAAUAAGUCGCUGCUACCAGGGCAGAGAAGAAGUGAUGUAUUUGGGCAAAAGAGAGAUUACUGAGUAUUGAGGGAUAAGAAUACAUUCUGCUCUUGAUGGCAAGGGAAAGGCUGUGUUGAAUUUCUUCAAAUUAUAGGGCAGGAGCAAAGGAGGACAUAAACAUUUAAACUGAAUUCCUUUAAUUGCUUUUUACUAGGAGAAGGAUGUUUCUUAGUGUAUUGACAAGUACAUCUCUUAGAGAGACUUUGCUUCCCAGGGAAACCAAGGAAGGUAUGAUGUCAUUGACUUUAAGUGGAUGCGAGCCUUUAUAUAGAAACCAAGUAAACCUUGCAUUUGCUCUUUAUUAAUGAUAGGUUUUCCCCUUCUUGCUCAACUGAGAUAUAUAGACAUCUGAAACUUAAGACUGUCAACUCACAAAGACAGAUGUAGUGGAGACAAAUGUUAGUGGGGCCUCCUAGGACAAACAGCUGAUGCUGUCCUGACCACUCCUUUAUGGCAUUCCUCCUACCACUGUAGCAACAGGAAGGAAUGAUGUAAUAAGCAGCCAUGUUCAUCUCUGUGUGGGAGGAAAGCUCUUAAAAUAACAGUAAGUGGGCCCUUUCCUCUUAACUUGGUAUCAACUUUGAUUGUUUCUUCCACUUGACUUGUGAAGGAAGCUGGUUGAGUGCUUAAUGUUCCGCCUUACUGAGAAGUAGGCCACAAUUUCAAGUCCUGGUCUGUGCUCCUUGACCUGCAGGAAGGCCAGGAGGAGCCCAGGCGUUUAACAGAUGUUGAGAACCAUGAUGGUUAAGUUAAAUCAAGACUGCUCUAAGUAACUUUCCCAUUUUGCAAUUUAUAUAUUUCCCAGGCAAGUAUGCAUAUUAAUAAGUUGCCAUAACAAAUAGUAUAUGUUGCUUUACAACUAAGCUUUUACACAGUCUAGUUGUAGACUUACUUGUGCAGAACACUUGUCUGUAAACAGACAUGAUUAUGCUGUACAGAAAGACAAGACAGAUUCCUGUCUGGCUCUCUGUUCACAUCAAGGAUACUAAGCAAGGUCAUUUAUUUGCAGACUAAAGCUACAAUCAUGUGGAUUCUAGCUUUAUUUUACAUAGUACCUUUGUUUCUUCCUGCUGGUUCAGUGUUUUGUCUUUUCAUUGAUUUUUGUUUGUUUGUUUCAGUUGAAAUUGAUUCCAGUAUGUCUGCAAGCAGCGCUUCUAAGUUCCUGUGAACCAUCAUCACUAUUUUGUUUUGGGAAAAUCAAAUACUGUAUUUUUCGCUCUAUAAGACACACUUUUUUCCCUUCAAAAAUUAAGGGGAAAUGUGUGUGCGUCUUAUGGAGCGAAUGCAGGCUCCUUGGCUUCAGCGAUAGCAACGCGAAGCCUCCGAAGCGCAGAGGGAGAGCUGCCCCCGCACUCUGGAGGCUUCGCGUUGCUUUCGCUGAAGCCGCCUGAAGCCCUCGCUGCAGUCCGGAGGCUUCAGGCAGCUAUCCGCAAGUCUUCGGAGUGCAGCAGGAGUUCCCGCCGUGCUCCGAAGGCUUGCGGAUAGCCGCCUGAAGCCUGGACAGCGAGAGGGGUCGGUGCACACCGAUCCCUCUUGCUCUCCAGGCUUCGCUUCGCUGGAGAGGCGCUGCAGUUUUCCCUCUCUGCCCAGCGCCCCUUCAGUGAAGCGGGAGGAGAAAUGGAAGGGGCUCCGUUUCUCCUGCCGCUUCGCUGAAGGGGCGCUGAGCAGAGAGAGGGAGAAUUUUUUUUCCUGUUCUCCCCCUCCUAUGGUCCGGUGUGUCCUAUGGUCCGGUGCGUCCUAUGGAGCGAAAAAUACAGUAGUAGUGAUGUCUGCAUUGAUUUGCAUGGGGGAAAGAGAGGCUGCACCCCUGGAAGGUUUUGGGUGGGGAAAACCCACUCCUGCCAAGAGGGUACUUGCCAGGGGGUUGCAUUUAUAGAAAGCCCUUGACCUUAGACAUCGGUAUUAGGGCAGGGCGAUGUAUCAGUAUAUCGUCCAAAAUCAGUUUGAAUUCCACAUCAUGGUAAAGGUUUCAUAAUAUGAACAUGGAAAUAUAUUGCAAAUUACGAUGUGUGCAUGUGCUGUGUAAAAAAAUGUGAUGUGGGAAACACCAUAAAGCCAGUCACCACUUCUCUUGUGAUUCCUGCCUCCCCUGUUGCUCUGUGCAAUAUAAAAUAAUAGUUGUAACAAUAUGUUAAAGGUAAGAAAAAUAUAUCUGUUUUAGACCCCUAAAUAGUAGCGGUUGCCAGGACGUUACCCCAUUCGCCUCUACAUAGUUCCAUCCAUAUUUCAAACAUUGUGAUAUAUUGGCAUAUCACAAUGUUUAGCUGAUAGAAAACCAGAUUACUCAGCCCUAAUCAGUUUGUUUUACUGAGUGCUUUCUUUUACAUUGUUUGGAGCAGACAUGUUUAUAGGGUAGCAAUUCACUCUAAACACAACUUCAGCUAAUGCUAUUCUAGGUUGCAUCAACAGAAAUAUAGUGUCCCAGGGGAAGUAAUAGUCCCGCUCUAUUCUGCCUUGGUCAGACCACACCUGGAGUAAUGUUUCCAGUUCUGGACCCCACAAUUUAAGGAUAUUGACAGGUUGGAACAUGUGCAGAAGAGGGCAACCGAGAUGAUCAAGGGUCUGGAAACCAAGGCUUACGAAGAACGGUUGAGGAAAUUGGGUAUGUUUACCCUGGAAAAGAGGAGACUGAGAGGGAGAUAUGAUAGCCAUCUUCAAAUAUCUAAAAGGCUGUCACAUAGAGGAUGGAGCAAGCUUGUUUUCUCCUGCUCUGGGGACUUGAACCCAAACUAAUGGCUUCAAAUUACAAGAAAGGGGAGUCCGACUAGAACUUUCUGACUGUCAGAGCUCUUUGACAGUGAUACAUGCUCCCAUGAGAGGUGGUGGAUACUCCUUCCUUGGAGAUUUUAAGCAGAGGUUGGAUGGCCAUCUGUUAUGUAUGAUCUAGUUGAGAUUCCUGCGUUGCAGGGGGUUGGAGUAGAUGGCCCUCAGAGUCCCUCUAACUUUACAAAUUAUUAUUUUAUUUUAUUCUUAAAUUACUUUGUGAUUUUUCAUAGGAAGCCACCCAUGAAUGAAAUAAAUCAAUAAAUUCUAAUGUUGAAGAACUGCCAUGCUUCCUAGUCAUGAAAGUGGAUUAGAAUUCUCACCACCCCUAAGCAUACUCUGAAAUGGGGGGAAGUAUAUGAGAUUCCAGAGUUGGAAGACUUGCCAGUUCCUAGAUUGCCUCCCUUCCCCAUAUGACUAGCUAUGAAAAAUAUGUUUUUCUGAAUCCUUGUGACUUCAUUGUGUGCACUGCUGCCCCACCUCUGUUAUGAGUCAAAGCAGUUGUGCAUGAAUGCCAUCUUUGUUACCAGAGUAGAUUGUCAGAAAUGAAUAAGGGGGGGUGUUUCCAAUAUUCUUCUGUUUUGCAGUCUGUGAGGUUUUCUGUUACCUUGGACACGUGGCAGCUGCUAGUAUCAUGCUUGUGAAUAGAGUCCCUUGUCCUUGGCUGAGUAGCAACCCUGUAGCUACUACCCAAGCAGAGUGUGUCUCUGUAUUUAUCGAUCUGAGAGACACAGCUAGCUUAACCUCAUUGCAACUCCCCACCCCAGAAGUGUUCAUUGCUGGUUGUGAACAUCUGGAGAGUCUAACUAACUAAGCUAAGGCUAAAUUCUCAAUGCUUUUGCUUAUCAUUGUCCCUACAGGUGCUUUAAAAAAGAAUUAUUCACAUUUAGAGUUUCUUGGGCACAAAAGAAAAACAAAAAACCCUGAAUCCAUUCAUGCAAUUUUCUUUAAGCGUAUACUUUGUUCAAACAGAAGGGGGGAAAGGUUGAGUUGAACUUGGAAACUAAAAGGUAAUUGACUGGUGGGUGUUCUAAGCACAAUUCUAUCAGUUUUGUGAUAGGCCCAGUGAUCCUGCCUAGAAAUGGAGACUGCCUCUAUGUUUUGAUAUUGGGCUAAAACUGAGCGGCCCACCUGUCUCAGUGCACAACUUUGCAAGUCUCCCCUCGUCCCCUUUUAAAUUCUUGUGAGCACAGGGAGAUUUGCAAAUGUGUAUGUGGAGGUUGCCUUAAAGUGCUUCUCAAAAGUGUUAAUCUUAAAAAACAGAAUAAUUUAAGCCCUCAGUGCUUACAGAGAAGAUGAAGUACAUUGUACACAACAACAAAGUAAGAGUUAUAUGCAGAAUUUAACCCUGUUCUCCCACCCAUCAACACCUGUGACAUCUGAUGAGUGGGUGGGUGUAGUUUAGGGGAAUUGACCUCUAAUAAUAAUAAUAGUAAUAAUAAUUUAAAUAAUUUAUUAUUUAUACCCCGCCCAUCUGGCUGAGUUUCCCCAGCCACUCUGGGUGGCUCCCAAUCAAGUAUUAAAAACAAUACAGUGUUUUUAAGGCCAAAGUGAACCCCCGACAGGUCAAGAUUGGCCCGCAGGCCAGAGAUUCCCCACCUUUAGUUUAGCAUGAUGUGAAUAAGCCUAGGUAAGUCCUGGGUUUGUGUGUUUCUCCCCAAGUGUAGCCAGAAGGAAGAGUUUGAAAGCUCCCACUUAACCAUAGUUUGUUCUGUUGUCUAAAGCGGGCUUAUUUCGAACAAAACAUACUUAAUGCUAGUGCUACCACAGUUUAUGAGUUCAAGUAAUGUAGAAACUGCAUCAGAGGAGGACAGGGUUGUGUUGAUCCCCAGACUCACUUACGCUUGUGCCACAAAACCAUGGUUUUAUCUUUCCUUCAGAAAACUUUCUGUCUUCUGAAUAUUGGUAUAAAGAAUGGACAUCAUAGAAUCAUAGGUUUGGAAGGGAUCCCAAGGGUCGUCUAGUCCAACCCCCUGCAAUAACUUAAUUAUGCUCAGUUUCACAUAAAGGAGCGUGGUUUCCAUCUGUGACUCUGGGGAGUUUUCAUGUUAUGGUAGGGGAGGGUGGAGGAGCUCAUGUGCACAGCCACUAACUAACUCUUCAUGGUUCACCCUGACAGUGGCAGGUGCUUUUACAACACACACAUUUUUUCCUUCAGCUCCAAGUUACAGAAGAGGCUUUCUUCCUGCUGCUGUCAGCUGUUCAGUUCUUACCCCUGCUGUCUGAGUGUCUUCAACAGCUUACCACUGUGAUUCUGCACAUUGUCCAUUUUGCAUGGGCAAGAGUCGAUGUCCAGUCUUGUCAUCACUUAACAUUAUUAUUAUUAACAAUACAGAGAUGUAAUUAAGAAAAAACAAAUCUGCUUGGGUGAUCUGGGAUGGAAGUAGUUGAACCUCAGAAAUGCAUCCUUUCCAGAUCUCUUGGCUAAUAAAAGUAACUGACUCUUUUGCUGACACUGAUAUAAUUAAUGCGCUAGCUUUUUCUUUUGAGCCUGAAGAAGAGCCAGGAAGUAGAGGAGAAAGUGAGUUUGGUGUGCAGGUGGAAAAUAAUUCCCUUUUGCAAUGAAUGAUUUAUUCCUUUGCCUAUUCUGCUAGUUGAAUGAGACACUUCCAUACACCACCAGAUUUAAGGGGUACUUAACCACCCGCUGUUGACUGCCAAUCCCAUUAUCAAUAAAAUGAGAUUCUUUGCAUCCAUUGUGAAAGCCAAGUGGAUGGGAUAGCUGGGGCCAGGAGUCUGUCCUUUGCAAAAGACAAAAAAUAUCACCUGGUUGCUUGCUUGGACUCAUUGCCAUCAGUAAAUAAACUUUUUUGCAACAGAAUUGAUCUAGGAAUAUAACUUGAGACUAAAUCUUGGCUCUUCAAGGAUAGUUGUCAAGCAUGCUGACGUGGUUGUCCACGUGUUGGAAAAAGUGUGUGUUAAUACGCAUUGCUCAACUAUGCUGUGGAAAACAUUCCUUCCCAUCAAGCAAUCUUAACUGUCAUCCAAGAAUGAAUAAGCUUUCAUUGUUACAGCCUGUCGGUUCCAGACACGUUUCAAUUUGCGGUUUGUUCCCUGCCUUCUAACUGUUGGAAAGCAUCACAUUUCUUGAAGCUUCCAGUUGCUGAAAAGAGGAAUGCUUUGCUCACUUGCGUCGCCUCCCACGCCAACAGUCCUGCUUUCUCCUGUUGGCCUUUAUCCUCUUUAGUAGGAGUCACAUGUGUAGCAUGCCGUGUCCCGGGGAAAAGCAUUCUGAUUUGUGCUAGGCAGUUGUGUGUUGGCUUUCAGUAAGAAGCAACAUGAUCCUGGGGACAGUUCUUCUUCACUCAAGCAGUUUUGGCAAAGAGAAUGCUGAGCCACUGUGUUCCUUUUCUGAGGAGGCUUCAAAACCAAUUUUAUCUGAUUUGAGAGGUAUGUUUGGAAGGCAGUAACUGCAUAUGACUGUACUUCACCUCCGUAAGAACUGGAGACUUAAGUUGCUCUGGUUCUUGGAAUUAACACUGUGUGGGGUUUGAUUUUUAGAUUCCCGUCUUUGGGGGUGCUAACAGGCUGCUUUUGCUUGAUGUUUGUGUUAGGGUGAGAAGUAAUCUCCAGCCGAUUGGAGACUCAUAUUGGAGGAUGCAUAAGGAAUGAGGAAACUGGGAAAGCACAGCCUGUUCACAAUAAAAAAGGAUGUAACUUGGCGAGGCAACUGAUGAGGGAAUUGCAUUUCCCCCCACUGUGAUAUGCUGUUGUAAGCAGACAGCUGGUUUUUAUCUCUAAUCUUUUGUGGGAGUUGGAUUUCUUCAUUGCCUUACUGUGGCUGAUGAAAGCAAUGCGUGCAUGCCCUCUUGCUAACAUUAUCAUUAAUGCAGGGGAGCGGUUUAGCUCCUCAGUUGUGGAUAGCAUGAACAUUCCUGAAAGUAAUACCUAAAAAUCAGCUAUAAGAAUGCUGCUCUUACGAAUGCAUUCAAAUGGUAGUUUUAAGCACUUCUAUUCCCUCAAAUUCUUGAUCAUGACGCUGCAUAGGAUUAGAAAUGGCUUUUUGUGAGCAGUGUUGCUUCACACUCUGAAACAAGCAGCAGCAGCUGGCAUGCUGCUGCCCCAGCUUCCUUUUGGGCUUCAUACCUUGCUUUCAUGUGUUCUUCUGUGGCAGAGCUGAACAUGACUAGGCUAUAAGAGGCUUGCCGGUGCUGGUUUGCUCUAGUCCAGAGCUAGUUCUUGAUACUGGGAGCUCUGAAUGGAGAUUGGCUCUGUGCCUCUUUUGCAUCAGUGCUGAUGCUUCUUUCCUUCAUCCAUCACAUCUCUUCACUGUUUCUUGCUGCUACCACCAUCAGAGGAAUUGAGGUGUUUGCUGAGCAAUCUUUCCAUUAGGUUCAUCUUCAACAAAUGUCUUGUUCAACUCGCGAAUGAGCUGCCUGACCUUGGCUGAGUGUGUCUGCCUUCAUGUUCUGCUCUUACUUGAGGGCGGUGGUUUUCAACCAGUGUGCUGCCGCACCCUGGGGUGCCUUGAAUGAUGGUCAGGGGUGCCACGGGCAACACUGGUCUCUGUCCCUCUUUCCUUCCCUCCCAGCUCUGAUGCCCUCUCGCAUCUCUCCCUCCCAAGGCUUGCACAGCUGUUUGUUGCAGCAGUCCUGGCCACAAGCUGUGCAGGCAAAUGGUGCCUCUGGGGCUGGUCAGAGGGUGCUGGUUGCCAGGAGUUGAGGCAGUCUCUGAGUAAGCAAGCAGGUAGGUGAGGGAGCCCAGCUGACCAGUCUGUCAGCCCUUCCUGUUGGGAAUGGAUAGACAAGUCCCAGGCCCCUGUGGGGCAGUUUGAGGAAGUACCUCUCUUUGAGGUGGGCAGCUCAGAGACCAGGGGUGGCGGCAGCGGCUGCCCAGAGACCAGGGGUGGCGGUAGCGGCUGCCCAGAGGACUCCCAAGGAGAGGGGAGAGGAGGCCAAGGGAACACUUUGCAUGGAAGGGUGUUCAGAAAAGGGUGAGAGGCUGCCAGCUCUGCAGGCAAGGGGUGACAUAACUGGGCUCCUGAGCCCCAUGGGGGUGCCGCAGAAAGAAUGUAGUUGGUCAAGGGGGCCGUGGACUCAAAAAGGUUGAAAAUCUCUGCUUUAGAGUGUUUUCACUUACAUGGCAGUUGAAUGUUUUUGCUGUGGUGCCUGAUUUAGCCAUACAGUUGUACCUUGGUUUUUGAACAGCUUAGUUCUCGAACGUUUUGGCUCCUGAACGCCACAAACCCAGAAGUGAGUGUUCCGGUUUGCGAAUUAUUUUUGGAAGCCGAACAUGCGACUGGGCUUCUGCAGCUUCCAAUUGGCUGCAGGAGUUUCCUACAGCCAAUCAGAAGCCACACUUUGGUUUCUGAACAUUUUGGAAGUCGAGCGGACUUCUAGAACGGAUUCCAUUUGACUUCCAAGGUAUGAUGUACCUGUAUAUCAAAUGGGGCUGCUUGUUUACUUAUUUUUAUUUUAAUUAUUUUAGCCCCAUCAAUGUACAUGGGGCUUUAGCAUACAGUACAGUAUGACAGAUCCCUACUUAAAGGAUUUGCAAUAUUUUUAUUUUGUUCAAAUUGACAAAAGAUCAACUGUAGCUAUAAAGGGGGGGGGGGAAUCUGUGUCUAAUCUGGUUCAAAGCUGUACUUCCCUUUGAACUUGAAAUUUAAAUUGAUGGUUUAAGAGGUUCAGGCCUUAAAGGAAAGGGAGAGCUGAAGCUUGCUUUGCCCAGCAAGAAAUUUGGGGAGCUUGGCAUAUCAGUAAUGAAACAGUUCUGAGGUUGUGUUUAUGGUCUCAUCAACCAAUGCGUUGGCUUAGAUUAUUGCCUUUUAAAGUAUACAAUCACGGAGAGUAUUUCUCGAAAUAUAAAUCGCCCCCCCCCCCAUUUCUUCUUGACCUGUUUGAAUUAAAUCCCUCUCCAUAUGCUGUAAAUGCUUGCUGCUGGCAUCCAUUUGUCUCCAAAGACAAUGGAGUGCACCUCUGGGGGCAAAGCCAAUCUGCGGGAGAAUCACAGCACUUGCUGGGGCUACAGAGACUGGUAACUCAUAACUGUUGCAUACUGUGUUGUUUUUGUUGCAUUAGCAGCAGUAAAGUGACCUCUCCAGGGUGCAUGCCUGAGCAGUAUCUAUGGAGGUCCUGGGCUGCCUCGCUGAUGUGGUCAAAAUAAAAGCAGAGCAAUACAUUUGGCACCAGCUUGGCUGCAUGCUGUAAAUGACACUUUUCUUACCGCCUUACCUGGACUUGUGGUCAUGUGACCUCAGGAGACGUAAUAGGUAGGAUUGUGGCUACUUUGCCAAUUGCCUGAAGCUCUGCUCAGUUAGCUCUUUGGUGCCUGCUUUGUUAUUUGGCAAAGGCAACUUAUCCAGCUGGCAAAGAAGGCAAGUGCCCCAGGCAGGGGAUUUUAAGUGCUCUUAAGGGUAGCAGAACAGGAGAAAUGUGAUCCACGGGCCCCAGCUCUUAUCCAUUUCCCUGGGGCUUGUGCACGAUAAUUUCCUACCAAGUCAUGCUUCAUAUUAGUGAGCAGAGGAGGUGUCCUUUACAUUCUUUUGCUUCAAGCACCAAAAUCUCUUGCAUUACUAUUGUUGCUGAGUUACACUUAAAAAUAUUUGUUUCCAUUUGCUGCUCAGGACCAAAUUCAGUGUGUCGUUGGAUUUUAAAUAUGAAUACUAAACAGACAUAUUCUUUCUUUUUCCUCAGAGGCUCUGCACCGCCCCUAUGGUUGUGACACAGAACCCCAGGCACUGAAUGAAGCCAUCAGGUGGAGCUCCAAGGAGAACCUCUUAGGAACCACUGAGAGCGACCCCAAUCUUUUUGUUGCACUUUAUGAUUUUGUAGCAAGUGGUGACAACACACUGAGCAUCACCAAAGGUAAGCCAAACCAUCUUCUGGGGAGGGGAUGCAUUGCAAAGAUGUAUGAUCUUGUUCUGACUCUGGGGCAGCAGUACAGUGGUGCUCCUAUGGAGACUGAGAUGUUGCUGUUGCUGUAAGAGAGAAGUAAGAGAGAAGAGUCUGUAGCACUAGGAACAAUAUACAAGGUGGCUUCGCUACACUUCUUCUGGCACACUUACAAACCACACGCAAACAUGCUCCUUUCUCUCACACCUCUCCCUCUCUGUCCAAGUGCAUUUCUCCCUGUCUCUCGCAGAUCACACAUACAGAAACAAGCCUCCCCACCCCCACCCCCACCCCACAAACCACACAUGCAUCUGUCUCUCCCUCUCUGCCCAGUGCAUUCCUUUCAAUUACACACACACAAAGCAUACUUGAACAACCCCACACACAUUCAGAGAAGCCCCUCCAUGGGCAAAGUAGGUGCCUGCUUCCAGUUCCGUGUGGCCGGCAGAAAUCAGAGGCGAGUGGGGAAGCUGCCCUUCCUCUCCCAUCCACCCUAAACAUCCUUGCAAACUAACCAGAGUACAAAAGCACCAGCUCUCCCAGCUCAAGCAACUGCUCUGCACUGCUGUCUCAUUUCCAGAGGGAGGGGAGCAAGGAAGCAUAACUGGAAAGCAGUGGUGCCAAACGGAACUAAGGGAGUGACACUGCCACCUGGUUUUCCCAGUCAAGGCUCCUGUGCCUUCGAUAGCUGCAUGCAGAAAUUAAGAAUCCCAUAUCAGGAAAAUAGCUAGGGAGAAAAGCUGACACUCCCUAUUUUUGUUUUUGUUUGUAUUUGUAAUUUUUAACUUCCAUACUUUGUAAUGUUUUAUUUGAUGCUUAGAAGUGUGGUUUUUUGGGGGGGGUGGGAUAUAAAGAGGUAGGGUUUUUUAUGGAAAUGUAAAGUGGUAUAGAAAUGAUGUAAAAAAAAGAAAUUACUUGAGGAUUGCUGUGCCUGCAGGAACCACAGAUGACCUUCGCAUGUGCCAGACUGGUGACCCCCAAAUUUCUGCCUUGUGGCCAUACCUCUUCAAAUAUCUGCUAAAGUUUGUCCUGAAUACUGUUCCUACAACCAGUUAUAUAAAGGACAAAUAUGUAUGACGUCUUCAGUCAUGUUUAAACCACAAGGACAGAUGCGUUUCUUAGUUAGGGUAAAAAAAAUUUGACAGAAAGGAUUAAGCUGCCCAGUCCCCUGAGAAGACAGGAAAUUGUUAAUAAACUUUUUGCUCCUCCCACAUCCGUGCUGGACAGACUCCAGUUUAUUUCCUGUCUCUAGCCUGAGCAGGUGGCCUUUCUUGAGUACUUUGUUCCGUCAUUCCUCAUUUUUUGGCAGGGCAGAUGAAAUAUGAUCAAUCACACUUGACCCACUUGGAAUUUUCUCCUCUUGUGCUUCAGGUGAGAAGCUACGUGUACUGGGCUACAACCAGAACGGUGAAUGGAGUGAAGUACGGUCCAAGAAUGGUCAAGGGUGGGUUCCGAGUAACUACAUCACCCCAGUGAACAGCCUGGAGAAGCAUUCCUGGUAUCAUGGGCCAGUGUCACGCAGUGCAGCUGAGUAUCUGCUGAGCAGCCUCAUUAAUGGCAGCUUCCUAGUUCGGGAAAGUGAGAGCAGCCCGGGGCAACUGUCCAUCUCACUCAGGUACGAGGGCCGUGUUUACCACUACAGGAUCAAUACCACCACGGAUGGCAAGGUAAAUCCUCAAGGGAAACCCAUUCUUUUUAUAAAAAAGGUUCCGCCUUCAUUGCUGUUUGAAGUAAAGGCACCUGGAAACAGCCAGUUGCCGUUGCUUUAAGCGAAAGAUUCGCAUAGAUACUUUGCACUGUGAUGCCAGACCUUACCCAGCAAGUGCUGUGUUGAUGGGUCUCUGCUUGCCCACUUGCUCCAUGCUAGGAACAGCAGACGCCAUGCAUGGGUCCCCGGAAUGUCUGUGUUAAGCCACUGCUCAGCGUUCGCUAUGAAUGUGAACGCUCAUAGUUCCUCAGAUCAUGCCCUGGAACACAGAAGGGAUAGGAAACCUUCAGCACAUAGGCCUAAAUAGGCCCACCACACGUCCCCAUUGGGCCUGUGAGGCUUUCAUCUAGUCCAACUCACCUGCCCUACACUCAACAUUAUAGAUGAUGUCGUCAAACAUGGCUUGGGUGAAAAGGGCUUUAUCAGCAGUGCCUGCAUUCAUCCUUUCUGCCUAGGCAUCUCAAACCAUGUGGGCAAAAGCUGGUCACCCGAUGUCAUUGUGGUGUCAGGUGAUGGAGAGAAGGGUGGCACACCUGUCAUACUUGUCCCAUGGAGGGGGGGUGUGUGGAGAUAAGGAUCUGGCCACUGGACAGGUCCAGUGCUCCACAAGGGACGUGGGUGGCGCUGUGGUCUAAACCACUGAGCCUCUUGGGCAUGCCGAUCGGAAUUUCGGCGCUUCGAAUCUGCAUGACGGUGGUGAGCUCCUGUUGGUCCUGUUGAGAGCCAGUGUGGUGUAGUGGUUAAGAGCGGUAGUCUCGUAAUCUGGGGAACCGGGUUCACUUCCCCACUGCUCCACAUGCAGCUGCUGGGUGACCUUGGGCCAGUCACACUUCUUUGAAGUCUCUCAGCCUCACUCACCUCACAGAGUGUUUGUUGUGGGGGAGGAAGGGAAAGGAGAAUGUUAGCCGCUUUGAGACUCCUUAAAGGGAGUGAAAGACGGGAUAUCAAAUCCAAACUCUUCUUCUUCUUCUUCUUGGUCUGUCCCAGCUUCUGCCAGCCUAGCAGUUCGAAAGCACACCAAUGCAAGUAGAUAAAUAGGUACCGCUGCAGCGGGAAGUGCUCUGGCACUUGUCACAGUGUCCUCUUGCACCAGAAGCAGUUUAGUCCUGCUGGCCACAUGAUCCAGAAUGCUGUCUGUGCCCAAACACCUUACUAGUUCCCCACUCCUGCUCUGGAGGAUGCUCAAGCAAUGUGUAGAUGAGGGUAGCCAUUGUUGUGUCUGUGGACAAACACUGGCUCCCUCGGCCUGAAAGUGAGAUGAGCACCGCAACCCCAUAGUCGCCUUUGACUGGACUUAACCGUCCAGGGAUCCUUUACCUUUACCUUUUUUACCUCUAAGUGUUUUUGGACCACAUCUCCCAUUAGCCCCAGCCAACAUUGCCAAUGGUCAGGAAUGAUGGGGUUUUUAACACAGCAAUAUCUGUGUUAGCCACCCCUGCUAAAUGGUAACUAAAAAAUUACAGUGCAGUUGGAUAUUAAGCUGAAUGUUGAUCUCCUUGUUAACAAAUGUGGCCUGUACUACUAUGCUGGGAGAAGCACAGUCGAACUUGUUUAUAUUCCACUCCAUUCCAGGAAAUAAUAUAGCCUUGAUAAUAGUAGAAUGACUCUAAUUUAUUUCUAUAAUGUUGUCUCAAGAAGCCAUAGCGAAGCUCACUGGGUGGUGGCCUUGGGCCUAACCUACCUCACAGGGUUGUUGUGAGGAUGAAAUAGAGGGGAGGAGAACAAUGUACACCACCUUGAGCUCCUCGGAAGAAAAAGAUGGUAUAUAAAUGCAAUAAUUUUUUUUAAAAAUAGAUUUUUUUAAAAAAGCAUAAUUUUAUUAAUCUAGAUUUCCAAGAGAGCCUACAAAAGAGAACCACAAAACAGAUCAAAAACAUCAGAAACAAAAGCAGUUAUUGUAGCAACAGUAAAAAUACAAAAGGCUGUAGAUAUAAAAUCAAUUAAAAUCCUGGGCAAUUUUUUUUUAAUGCCUAAAACGUGGCUCUCCAGGCAACUCACUCCGAUGGCGGCAUAUAAGUAACAGUAAUUCUUAUUAAGAAAGUCUAAAUUGAUCUUAGGAAAUGGAAGGAUUUUUUAGUCUUUCACGUGUUAGUUUGCUGCUUGAUUUUAUGAAUUUUUGCACCAUUCUUUCACUUGGUGUGGAAGACAGUGAAAUCUGAAGCAAGGGAGAACAAAGACAUCAGAGGCUAUGUGAUUCUGAAGUCUUUCCCACCGUAUUACUGGAGCAAUAUAUUUGGCAGACUCUUACAUUGCAUAUUUGGACCAAAUACUUAAAAGAUGCUCUUCAUGCUGCAACUUUUAAAAGUACUUUUCCAGGGUCAAAUCCUCAGCAUAUUGGUUUUUUAGUAAUCCAGCUAGACACAGCAGCAGACAUCAUUGCUUACCGAACUGCCUUUGAAUCUUGUAUCUGAGAGAUUUGCAGUGGAGUGAUUUGACUAUAACAAUCUUACAGUAAAACAUUUUAAAGGACAUUUCUCUGAUCAUUCUUAAAUGAGAAAAUAUUUCAUAAGAGGAUUUUUGUGUUUUCUUACCUUCCCAUUUUUCUAUUUCAUGCUUCUGGGGAAACCCGAGAUUUCCUCCCCGGCCCCUUUCUGGACAUUCACAUCUUCUUCCUUCUUGUCCGGUUCAUACCAGCUCUUCAUUCCCUCUUUAACAGGUGUAUGUGACAGCCGAAAGCCGUUUCAAUACUCUGGCGGAGCUAGUUCACCAUCACUCGACAGUAGCUGAUGGCCUGGUGACAACCUUGCACUACCCAGCACCAAAGUGCAAUAAGCCCACAGUCUAUGGAGUCUCCCCCAUCCAUGAUAAGUGGGAGAUGGAGCGGACUGAUAUCACUAUGAAGCACAAACUUGGUGGAGGACAGUAUGGAGAAGUGUAUGUUGGGGUAUGGAAGAAAUACAAUCUCACAGUUGCUGUGAAAACACUCAAGGUAUGUUGCUAAGGAGUUGUAUUUAUAUUUUAAACCUCGUUUGAUCAGUUUUUAUACUUAUACAGUGGUGCCUCGCAAGACGAAAUUAAUUCGUUCUGCGAGUUUUUUCGUCUUGCGAAGCACGGUUUCCCAAAGUCUUCAAAAUCACCAAAGUCUUCAAAAACCUCAAAAAAGGCUACCACACCGCAUGCUAUGAGUUGCUCCUCGAAGUCACCCUGGGUAUUAACAGUUUUAAGAAAAAGGAAACAAACUUGCAAGAUGUUUUCAUUUUUCGUCUUGCGAAGCAAGCCCAUAGGGAAAUUCGUCUUGCGAAGCAACUCAAAAAACGAAAAACUCUUUCGUCUUGCGCGUUUUUCGUCUUGCGAGGCAUUCGUCUUGCGAGGCACCACUGUAAGUCACUUAUAAGCCAGUUUUGGCAUCAAGCAGCUGUUGACAUCCGUCUGUCUCAAGAGACAAUGGAGUGCCCCUCCAGGGGUGAAAUCAAACCAUGUUGUUUCUUCUGCAUCAGCCGCACCAAAGUGACCUCCCCAAGGCACAAGACUGGGCAGUGUGCCUGGAGGUCCCAGGCUGCCCAGACGACAAGACCCCCCUCUCAGCCUCACUGAUGUGGUCCAAAGGAAAUCAGAGUGAUACGUUUGGCACCAGAUUGGUUGCAGGAGGUGCCAGAAGGAGACAUACAAGGCGCCAUCCAACUGCUUAGAGAGACCACUCCGGAUUUGUGUAGGGUCCUUAGCCCUUUCUUCUCCCAGAGAUACCUUGCAAGACAGCGGAUGUUUAGGCUCAGAGUUUUCCUUCUCCUAGAUGGGCUACCUUCCCAGAUUGACGAGCACCAUUGGCCCAUCACUUCUGCAGAAACCACCCUUUUGACUGCUGGACCCACUCUUGAUCUCAUUCACUCAAUCUGGCAGAGCCUGUUAGGUGAAGUCCCUAACCCACCGAGGGUUUGGGAUACAUGGGCUACCCUCAUCUGGUUUAGCUGACUAGACAAAGCUGUUCCCGGGGUGUGGCCCGUUGUUGCAUGCUGAAAGCUUCUUGGAGCCACAGAUGAGCUGAAUGCAGGGUGGGGACCAAAGGUGCACAAACCACCCUAUGUGUCCCCCACCAGAGGUCCUGCCCAUCUCCUAACACCCCAUCAUGCAGUAUAUUAAAUAAAUAGAGAGUUAGUGUUAUUUGAAGGUCUGCCUGCACCCACAUGAGAUCACCCAUGGAGGCCCCGGAACUCACAGUUGGUGGGUACGAGACAGGGCCUUCUCAGUGGUGUUGCUAUCGUGAAACUCCCUUCCAUGGGAAAUAUACUUGCUUCCUUGUUAUACAAACUGUAAGAUAUUAGCUGUUUACACCUGCUUUUAGCGGAUUAAUUUCAGGCUGGUCUAGGCUUUCAGGUAUAAUUUAAUCAGAUUAAUAUUUUUGGUUAGGGUUUGCUUUCUGUUUUACUGCUGGUUUUUAGAUUGAAUUGUUGUAUUUUUGAGUCUCUGUGUUCUUUUCAAUUUGUUUUGUGAUGUUUUGUACAAAUACCUGCAUUACUAAUCCUACCUCAAAGCUUUGUGUGACAAGUUAGCAAACAUUUUCAGUAACUUGAAUCACACCUUUUAAAUUGCAUUCCCUUUUAAUUGUUGUUUACUCUUCUACAGUUGUGUUCCUUUUUUUGGCAAAUGCCAUUGAAGUCUAUUCCAUAAUUUCUAUUUAAAUUAAUUGCAGUUGUUUUCACUUUCAGGAAGAUACAAUGGAAGUGGAGGAAUUCUUGAAAGAAGCUUCUGUUAUGAAGGAAAUCAAGCAUCCAAAUUUGGUGCAGUUAUUAGGUAAAUGCACUAAUAUGACCAUACAGUAAUGUGUUUUGCUUUCCGUUUUAGUUCAUUCACAGUAAUACUGUUGUGCUAAACAAACCUGCCCUUCAAGAACAGUUGGAGUGUGCCUUCCAAAUUCUGUUUACUUUGGCAAGUUUGAACAAAGCUCUAAGUGUGUAAAACCUACAUUUUGUAAGAUUGUACCUGUCUUACCCAUUGGGUAUAACUACCUUGUCUCUGGACGGCCGUGCGCUGGAAAUAAUAUUGCCAUUCUGGCUAUGCGCCUAAAGCAAAACACACAUGGGUCCAAACAUUGUAGUUGUAUUUUAUGUGAGCUAAUUGCCUCCCAGAGAUGUGUGGGGUAGGGAGAGAAUGGAGCAACUUCGUCCCCCCCCUUUUUUUAAAACUUCCUGAGAACAUUAAAAUGUUUCCAGUGGAAAAAUUGGAAACCUGGAAGGGCACUAGAAAAAAAUCCUGUGCCUUAUUUUCUUUUCUGGAAUGAGUGAAAUGCUUUGUAGUGCAAAGCUCUACACAUUUUGAGUGAGUGAUAUGACAAUUUUUUUUAUGUUAGGCAAUUUUCAGAAUUACUGUUAGGCUGUUUCAGAGGAAGCAGAAUCCACAUUGAAAAGGCGCAAGUGAAAUAGGAUUGGGAGCUUGACGGUCCCUUGCCCCCACUUUAUUGUUGUUUUGUUUUGUUUUUGGCAUGCAUAGUCUAGUGACUGCUCCUACAUAAUCUGAAUUCUUCGCAUGUUCUGAUCCAUUAAGUUCUACACUUCCAGUUUUGUAUGUUGAUAUUUCUCACAGUUCUUGUGAUUUACAUUGCCAUAGUAAGGCAAAAUGCAGAAAUGCUGGGAAUGCAAAGAACUUCAACGAUCAGUACUGCACCCCUUAUGAAACAGAUGCUUGUGUGGUAGGGCUUGUAUGUCACAUUCCACUUCUGGGCCAAGGAAUUUUGUCUCCACUGAGACACAAUGAUCCAUUCUAGAACUGAGUUUUUAAAUGGCUUGUAUAGUGUUGCAAAGUACUCUAUAGUCUUGUUUACCAUAGAACAACUGGAGAGAUCACGAUUGUUCCCACUUUAUAUAAGGAGAACUGGGGUGAGGUCAUAGUGAUGUAUUCAUGGUCUCAGACAACCAGUGAUCAUCCAUCCUAAGACCUUGCAAUUGUGUAUAGUUCCUUGCAGGAUGAAGUGUCAAACUAAAUGGAUACCAGGUGGUGGCAAUAUGGACAACUGAAGUUCUUUGAACAAUGAAAAUGGUCAGAUCCGUACUUCACCUAGCCCAGUAUUGUCUCUUCUGACUUCAGUGAAUCUCCAGGGUCUUGGGGAGAGGUUUUCCCCAGUGCUCCAUGUAGCGUGAUUGAACUUGGAACAUGUGCUCUGUCACUGGCCUAUGUCUUUAUUGAAUCCCUUCCUCUCCAGCUCAGUUUCAGAGUUUUCAUUGUUAGGGUGAAUGCGAUAUCUGGUUCUGCAUACUAGCUUACUGCACAGGAAUGAGUUCACUGUGUCCCCAGUUCAAAUGGUGUUUAUCUUCAUCUAGGUCCUUAGCUGCUGAGAUCAAGUUUAGUUAGUUUUUGAGUUGGAGAUAAUUUUUAUUCCAUUAGCAAUAGAGAAGUUGCAUUUUAAUGUGUCUGUGGGAUUAGUGGAUCAUGCUAGAUGUGACCUUGUUGCAACCAGUUGUGGUGACUUCUUUGUGGAUGAAAAUGGCAGGACAUUCCUGCAGUGGAAGGAAGGAAGGAAGGAAGGAAGGAAGGAAGGAAGGAAGGAAGGACAAAGCCUGUUUGUCUAUUUGUUUGUUUUCCGCUUUACUGCAGUCCCAAUUCUGAACCAGAGGCACUGCAUAGUCACUGCAUAGGAACAGCCGUCAGCAUAAUAUCCAUUCCCUGAGUGAGGAAGCUUUUGAUUCUGGAAAAAUCCUCCAUGUUUGCCUCCUCUGUCAAGCUUAGUGCCACUUUAACCAUGUUUCUUUUUAUUUCCUUGGCUGAUUAUUUCCUUGUUCUGUUUAUCCAAAUCCUAUUGUAUGGAAAUCCUUCCCUAUGACACUGUGGAAAUAGGAAAAUCAGUGCUUACCUUGGAAACUUGAACAUAACCACACACACCCCACACACCUUAUCUUAAUACUACCUGCUGUUCCAGCAUUUUGGGGACUCUCUGCUUCAGUCACAUUAGAAGAUUGUACCUACAAUAAGAGAUAAACCUUACCAGACUCUACCAUCCUCCUGCCAGGUGUGUGUACUCUGGAACCCCCGUUUUAUAUAGUGACAGAAUACAUGCCGUAUGGGAACCUGCUGGAUUACUUGCGGGAGUGCAAUCGGGAGGAAGUAACUGCUGUUGUCCUGCUGUAUAUGGCUACCCAGAUAUCCUCUGCCAUGGAAUACCUGGAGAAGAAAAACUUCAUCCACAGGUUAGCAGAAUGUCUUGACUUCUGUAAAAGGAGGGUGCGAGUGUGGGUCUGGGUGACCUUCCAUGAGGAACUUUGAUAAGAUCUGAUUAUAUGCUUUUAAGGAGAACUCUUGCAAGUCCUGCUCAUGAGGCAAUUGCCUCCUUAACAGAAUAGCUUUGGGCCAGCUCUUCUCUCUAGACAGAGCUUAAUAUAUUUCAGGUUUUCUAAACAAUCCUGAGCUUCUAGCUUUCAUGUGAGGGGAAACAUAGCAAGUUUCCUCUGAGAAAAAAAAGUUUAAAAUGUUAAAUAUCUCAAUUAAAUAUUUGAAGGCUCAGACAAGAACACUUUGGGCAGCAGCGGUGAAUAAUUUGUUACCUACGCAGCUCAGUGUCUCUCCUGUGAUCAUACCGUCCCCCCCCCAAAAAAAGAAUUCUUCACGUCCCAUUUUCUUGACUCCUGUAUCUUUCGUCACUUAAGUCCUUGCAUGGAAAUGUAAAUCCUGGUAUGGCAGGACACUAGAGUAAAAUCAAGGAAAUUUACUGUAGUACUCAUAUUUUCUUGUUGUGUUUCAGUUUUGCCUCUCCUAUGAAUUGAUUUGCAUAUGCUUUUGUCCAAUAGCUGUAUCUCAUCUGUUCUUGCUUUGGUGUUUUAAGAGUUCCAUGAGUCCCUCAGAGAAUAGCGACUACAGUUUGUAUUCUGAAAGGGCCUUUGUUUUGGGGUACAUUCUUCUAUUGCAGUAGACUGUCGUCUGUCAUCCAAAUUGCUGCCUUGUUUGGCAUGUUCAAGAGGCAUGAAUUUGGAAACUAAGCCUCUUUAGACCAGAAUCAAAUAGUAUUCAAAUACCUUUCUAUUUCCCUGUUCUCUGAUUUGAAUUUCAAAGCUUCACAUAAGAUGAUUGCUCAGCAUGAUAGCAUAGUAAGAUUUACUGCGCUCAGCGGAGACUGUCACUGGCUGUUUAGUAGCAACCAGAAGCUGAUUUACUGUAGCCCAUUUUCAUGCUUGCAGUGUACUUAAUUAAAAGUGUUCCAUGUCAAAGGAGGGAGUGCCAUUUAUCUUAGCAGAAGCUUUGGCCUUGUUGCAAAGAGUACAACUUGGUUACAGUGCUUCAGUGCUCUAAAGAAGUGAAAUAAUGAGGCACAAAUACAGACUUUGCACAGCUCACAUUCUUUACCACCUCUCCCCAGCUGUGGAUUCUGCAUUCAAAAUAAACUAUGCAAAUUUAUAGCACGCAAUUUGCACAGCAUCCUUGUCUUCAUUUUGAUUGCUUGAGAGACCACAGUGAAUAUGUUACCGAUGCAUCCCUGGGUGUUAUAAAACAUGGAGGCGAACAGAGAACAAGCAUGCCAGGCACCAAAGCUGUACCUUUCAAAUGCUGAAGCAUUGAUCAAGCUCCACAUGUUAGUAAACAGACCUCUAGAACCACAAAGGCUAAAUAUGUUCCUGUGCACCCAGUGACAACCAGUUUUGAGCUGUAAAAUCAUAUUCACUUAUCUGUGCCAGAAGGUUUAGGGUGAAUCUUGAUGGCACCAGAGGUCGUCAUUCUGCAGUGUCUUUGUUUACACAGAGAUCUAGCAGCUCGCAAUUGUCUGGUUGGAGAAAACCACGUGGUGAAAGUGGCUGACUUUGGAUUAAGCAGAUUGAUGACUGGAGACACUUACACAGCUCACGCUGGAGCAAAGUUUCCUAUCAAAUGGACAGCCCCAGAGAGUCUGGCCUACAACACAUUCUCAAUCAAAUCAGAUGUUUGGGGUAAGAAGGAAGAACAUUGCUCUUAUGCAUGGAGUUCCUGUGUACAUUUAAAUGUGGGUUGCUCUGGUAUUCUUAGAAUGAGCUCUAAUCUAAUACAGCUAGAAAUGUAUUUUGCCCGAAACCUCAUAGUCAGGUUGUAGAGAACUGUUGACACCACCUAAAGGUAAGACCUUUUCGCUUAUGGAGCACAAGCCAGUGGGGUAGCUGGGGCUGUCACAAAGAACAUUGUAACAUUGAAGUACCUCUUAUCUCUUAAAAAUCAUAAACCUAAUUUUUCUUAUGGGUGGGAAACCUUUCUACCACAUUUUGAUUAAAAUCUGUCUGCCAGUGGCUAGUGAAAAUUACUUUGUGGCUGUCCCUGCAAUAUAACCUGAAUUUGAGGCUUAAGAACCUACAGUGGUACCUCUGGAUGUGAACGGGAUCUGUUCCGGAGCCCCGUUUGCAUCCUGAAGCGAACGCAACCCUCGUGUGUGCGGGUCGUGAUUAGCCAUUUCUGUGCACGCUCGUAACGUCAUUUUGACCUUCUGCGCGUGCGCGUGCGCGAGUUGCGAAACCCGGAACUAACGCGUUCCGUUACUUCCGGGUCACCGCGGAGCAUAACCUGAAAACGCUCAACCUGAAGCAACUUCAACCCGAGGUAUGACUGUACUCUGAUUAAUUUAGAUUGCCACAUCAAAGAACAACAGCCCCAAAUCCUACAAACUUUGCUCGGCGUGCAAUUUCCCUCUACUUUGUAAGUAGUAGUUCUAAAGAAGCUGCUUUUUGCCACAGUUUAGGAAACACUGGUUAAUGGUCAUGAACUGUUCUUCCUUGGAGGUAUUUAAGCAGAGGUUGGGAUUCCAGCAUUGCAGGGGGUUGAUGACCCUUGGGAGCCCUUCCAACUCUACAAUUCUGUGAUUCCAUGAAAUGACAGGACUAUCAGGUUAAAAUUGACUUUGUUUAACUUGCAGCCUUUGGAGUCUUGUUGUGGGAGAUUGCCACCUAUGGAAUGUCACCUUACCCUGGCAUUGACCUCUCUCAGGUUUAUGAUCUACUGGAGAAAGGCUACCGGAUGGAACAGCCUGAAGGUUGCCCCCCAAAAGUCUACGAACUCAUGAGAGCAUGUGAGUAUUGCGUUCUCAUCUUUACUUUUAGUAACAAAACGUAGAUUGAGACAUCGUGAGAACAUGCAGGAGGACUGGCAGUUGUGCUGAUUUGCUAUAACAGACAGGUUGCAUAUAGAGCUGGGAGUAAGUCUGUUGGCAUGCAACCAGUCUCUUGUCCAAAAUGCAAGAGAAUCGUUACCAGCUGACAUCUUAUGUAAAAAAUCAACAGAAGCAAAAGACGGGUCCAUUGACACAAACAUCCGCUGAGGGGUUUGUGCAGACCCCAUGUCACUUAAUACAACAGCAUCAGUGUUGUAUGAAGUAGAAUCUAGGGGAUUUCCAUUAAUUUAUUUGCCUCAUGGUGACACAGGGGGAAACUCUUGAAAAAGACAAUUCUGACAAAAACCAUGGGGUUUGGAUCCAAAGUUGCUUGCGUAAAAGGCCAAAGAAGCAGAGAGCCUUUCUUCUCCUCACUGCAACUUCCUGAGCCCUCCAAAAAGCGUCUCUGGAGAACUGGGAGCCCCUUCGCAGCAAGGACUGUAGUAGGGUGGGAGGAAUUGCCAAAAAAACCACCAGGCAUUCCUCAUUAUUCUUUUCAACUUUUGUAAAGUUAAACACAAACAACAAAUGAAAUUUCUUUGUAACCAAGCAUGUAGACCUCUGGAUAUUUUUCAACUUGCAGAACACCAAGACUCUGGCGACUGCUCUAAAUUCCGAGGCACCAGUAACUUGCCUUUUAGGCGUACAGUACUGUGUCCAGGGACGCAGUUGGCGUUGUGGUCUAAACCACUGAGCCUAGGGCUUGCCGAUCGGAAGGUCGGCGGUUCGAAUCCCCACGACGGGGUGAGCUCCCAUUGCUCUGCCCCAGCUCCUGCCAACCUAGCAGUUCAAAAUCAUGUCAAAGUGCAAGUAGAUAAAUAGGUACCACUCUGGCGGGAAGGUAAACGGCAUUUCCGUGCACUGCUCUGGUUCUCCAGAAGUGGCUUAGUCAUGCUGGCCACAUGACCCGGAAGCUGUACACCACCUCCCUCGACCAGUAAAGCAAGAUGAGCACCGCAACCCCAGAGUUGUCCGCGACUGGACCUAAUGGUCAGGGGUCCCUUUACCUUACUGUGUCCAGUAGGGUGCAGUAUUAUGUCUGGUAUUACUUACCAAGCAGGAGACAACAUUUCAGAAGCAAAUGGAAAGGCUGUUUGAUGCCGAUAUGAUUAAGACGUUAAGUCAAGCAAUUAAUAGGGAGGUUGGAGCCUGUUUUGAUCAGAUAUGCUUCCAUUGCCAAGAGAUGUUGAAUUCAGGGUGGUUCGUCACUUUUUAACAAAUACAAUCCAGUUUUCAUAAUACCAGUAAUGGAUUGGGAUUCAGAGGUUUAGGACUUGCAGAAGUCACCAAACAUAGGAUCAUAAAAUCCUGUAUUAUAGAACAUGGUUUCAUUUGCAUGUCAUGCUAAACCAUAAUUUAUUGCAGCAUAGUAAACCUUGGGAUAUGGCCAGGAGGAGGAAUUUAGAAGCUUUUCCUUCUGCUUUGCUUGCCAUGUUGUCAAGACAGAACUUUUUUCUGCUUCUAUCAUGCUUUAGGCUGGAAAUGGAAUCCCCUAGACAGGCCUUCAUUUGCUGAGACUCAUCAAGCCUUUGAAACUAUGUUCCAUGAUUCUAGCAUCAAUGAAGGUGAGAAUCCUUUUUCCUUAUCUUUCAACUUUCUACAAAUGUUUACUUCUAAAACACAUGAUGUUUUCCCUCACCUUUCUAGCAGUUGAGAACUUAUGGGGGCGUUUCUUCAAAUUGACCUCUGGAUUUUUACUGGAAAAUGGAUUCUUAAGUUGUGGUUUGGCGUUGUGAGGAUGAGCAGCUGUAAGCCUCAGGAUCACACCUCUGUGUGCGUGAGGGGAGAAGCUUUAAAACAUCUCACAUUUGUGAACAAAUCAUUUUCCUGUUAACAGCUGAAUAUGGGAAACACUGGUUUAUUUAAACUACUUAGUUCAUAAACCAGAAUAUUAAGUUACAGUCCUGAUGCUGGUUUGAUAGAACUAACUAUGAUUCAGAUAAGCCAGUUUCCUGUAAUGUGGAGACCGGCCAUUUAUUCACAGCCAGAAAUGGAAAAUUUUAAAACUUCAUCCUUCAUGCAUAAAUAAGAGGAAAGCACACACACAGCAACUCAUUCUUUUAACACAAAAUCACGGUUUAUGAUUAAAUCUGCUGGGCCAAAGUAAAAAAAUCUUGGGGUUGGAAGUCGGCGAAAGGAAGAGUUGUGCCACAAAUAAACCCUUUUCUGUUUCUUGUGCAUCAUGCCUUUCUGAAAAAUUCAAUUUCCUGGUGGCUUCAACCUAGCUUUUCUAUCUAAAAUUCUAGUAUUCAUGUUUGCAGAGAUGUGUUUAAACAUGUAGCCAGAAGCUGUGAACAGCUCCACUUUAAGAUCCCAAAUGGAUGUGACAUGUGAUAAGAUCUCCCAUUGUAUUUAGUUUUGCUUAAGAUGAGUCAUAAGCAGGGAGCUAUAAUUGAACCUGCUCAGAGUGCUAUUACACAUGGAUGGAGGUACGUGAUAUGUGCAGAGAACUCUGCAGGAGGAAAUGCAGUUUCCACCGGUACUGCACCUCCGUUUUGUGCUUCUGCAAACCUCUCCACCCGCCUAGCCCCAAGCCUCAUGUGCACAGUGCACACCCAGGGGAAGGGGGGAAUCCCCUUGCAUUAGUGCUGAUCCUUGUGCUAGCACAGAAAUUGAGUUGAAUACUGCCAUUCAUUGAGUAGCUCCUCAGUUUUCCCCUGCAGAGCAUGCACUGAGUUCGGGCAAAAGAGUCCCAGCAGGCCUAGGCCGCCACUCUGGGUGAGCUGACCAUUGUUUUGUAGAAAACCCAGAAGCAACACUGGAAGGAAGCUUGAGGUUACUUGUACUGCUUCUUCCCACACUUCUGAGUCCUGUGCACAUAUCUCUGGGAAGAUGCAGGUUUUCUUUCUGUGACAGAAUGUGCAUCAAGCCAGAGGGAAUAUUCAUAUCUCUUCUUACCUUCCCUGCGUUGCACGGGACGACCCAGAGUAGUCCACACUUUUUCCCACUGCUGCUUCCAUCCUCUGUUCAUUCUCUCCUCUGAUUUCUGUGUACCAGGCAAGAUAGAAAACUUGAGUAAUAGGCACUGUUUGCUUCUUGGGGAAAUCUUACCUCUUGUUUCCUACAACAGUCUAUGUUGCUGUUGUGGCAUUUUGAGACCCUUAGUUAGAACUGACCCCUCUCUAUACUUGAAUUCAGUCUCUUCCUAGAAUCUCUCAGUGAUGUUUCUUUUUCCCUUGUCCAGUGCCUCUCGUUAGCACCCAGGUCUGCUUUCCUCUUCCUUUGCUGCUCUCUGUUCCAACUAUUCCCCUGACGUUUCUUACAGAAGUGGCAGAAGAGCUUGGAAGGACAGCAUCUUCUUCAUCCAUAGUUCCAUAUUUGCCUCGUUUGCCCAUGCUUCCUUCCAAGACCAGGACCUUGAAAAAACAGGCUGAAAACAAAGAGAACAUCGAAGGAGUUCAGGAGGUUGUAGAGCAUUCUGCUUCCAGCUCUGCACCAGGUAUGCUUGGUAAGCAAAAAGCUUUGAGUGCUGUGACUUCAUAAGUGAUUUUUCUAAUAUUCAGACUUGGGCUCCUGUAGGGCAGUGUCUCAAAGAAAGGCCUAGCUGUGGGCUGGAGGCACUUUGCUCUUCUUCUCAGAAUCAGUUCUUUCUUCUGCCUUUGUGGUAGAAGGAAACAGAUUUGUAGCUUCCUACAGGAGUGGCUGGUUUGAGCCAGCUUCAUAGCUGUGUCUCCGCCCCCCAAAUAAUCCAUACCAGAGUGAGCAAAAUGGGUAAACGUUCAGUCGACACUCCAUGGCUGCAGUCCCUGAAAUUUGUCAGAAAACAUAUGUGGGAUUAGCACGGGCAAAAUAGGAUGCAGGUCAUUGCAAGCUAACUUUGCAACGUGAACUGCAAGUGUAAUGCAGGAAGAAGUUAUUCCUUUUCCUACAUAACAAAAUUGAAAAGGCUGUAACACUCCGUUUUGAAAACUUUCUCCAAAUGAGGGCAACUAAGAAUAAGUCACUUUGUAGGUAUAGCUGUAAUUCAUUACUAAAUGUAAGGGUUUUAGCAGCAUAAAUGUGUAAAGUUGUCUUCUUUAUAGAGCCUACCACAAAAGAGGUGAAAUGAAUGUUUCUCAGUACACACAGCUAGGAAGUGCUGACCUAAGAAACGGAUUCUAAGAAAGAACUAUGUGAAAAGGGACUGAUUCUGCUCCAUAGAUGUCUUGGAUUGUCUGAGAACAAAGCAAAUUUAAUAUCUUCCUAGUCUCACUGAAGCUCUUAAGUCAGAAGUAGAGAAUCUCUAACACUCCAUAUGCUGUUGAACUCUCACCAGCUUCAACCAGCAUGCUAAUGGUCAAAUUAUGGAAGCUGUAAUCUGGAAACACCUGGAGAAACAUCCUUGCAGUCUCAGAUGCAGUUUGAUGGGGUGAGGCUGCCCUGCAUUCAGCAGAUGGGCCACUGAUACAGCUCCCAUACUGCUAAGGAGGUAUUACAGGUGUCUUACAGACACCUGUAAGCAUUUCUCUCCUGAAGGACAAAUAGCGUGCAGGCAUGGUUUUAAUUGGGAAAGUAGCAUGGGGGGGGGUGGGCCCUAAAAAUCCUCCUCUUGCACUGUGAUUUGUUUCAGGGGGCUGCAGCUGUUAAUAUAUAUGUUUUUUAAUUCUAGGAGAGCCCAAUCAUGUCUAGUUGCGGCUAGUAAGCAACUAUUUGCAAUAAGCCCACACAUGGGUGAUAUAGUACAUUGCAUAACUUUGUACAGUCAGAAUCCCAACCUUCAUAAAUACCUGGCAGCAUGGUGGAAAGUGUCUGCUCUCUCUCCUUUUCUUUAGGUUUUAUCAGAAGCACACAGCAGACCAGCGGAUCCCCAGCACUACCUCGCAAGCAGAGAGACAAGUCGCCCAGUGGCCUGUUGGAAGACACCCGGGAGACCACCUUCACCCGAGACAGGAAGGGGGGCUUCUUUAGCUCUUUCAUGAAGAAGAAAAAUGCCCCUACGCCCCCAAAGCGCAGCAGCUCUUUCCGCGAGAUGGAGAACCAGCCUCACAAGAAGUAUGAGCUGACGGGUAACCUUUCAGCCGUUGGUCCUCUGCAACACAUUGAUGGGUUUUCUUUUACCGCCUCGCAGCAGGAUGGAAACCUUUGCUCGUCUAAGUGCUAUGUUGGGGGCUUCACGCAGCGGAACUUCUAUGGGGAUGACGGCGGUGGCAGCGGCAGCGGUGGGGGCACAAGUACCGGCAGCGGGUGGUCAGGCAUCACAGGCUUCUUCACGCCACGGCUGAUUAAAAAGACCCUGGGUUUAAGAGCCGGGAGGCCCACCGGUGGGGAGGAAGCGUCAAAGCCUUUCCCCCGGUCCAACUCGACAUCUUCCAUGUCCUCUGGUCUCCCUGAGCAGGAGAGAAUGGCCAUGACCCUUCCCCGAAAUUGCCACAGGUCCAAAGUCCAGCUGGAAAGGACAGUCUCCACCUCCUCUCAGCCGGAGGAGAACACUAGCAAGUCCAGCGACCUGCUCUCUAAAAGGUGUGAAGAGGUUCCCACUCUGACCAGAGACAGACCAAAAGCCAAACUUCUGCCCAGAGGUGCCACGGCUGUUCCCCUCAGGACCCCUUCUGCGGAUGCGGCUGUUUCUGAAAAGGACACUCAGGGGCCAACAGCCACAGCGAGCCUGAAGAGCAAAGAGAAAAACAGCGGGACGCGGCAAGGGUCCCUAGAAGGCGAGGAGAAGUCAGGCUGGCCUUCUCCACCCAAGGCUGCGGCAGUCCUUCCUGUCACCCACAACCACAAAGUGCCCGUUCUCAUCUCACCCACUCUGAAGCAUACGCCAGCAGACGUGCAGCUGAUUGGCACAGACUCUCAGGGGAAUCGCUUCAAGCUCUUAUCUGAGCACCAGGGCACGGCUUCCAGCGACAGGCCCAGGCGGAUAAAACCAAAGUGCGCUCCCCCUCCACCGCCAGUCACGAGGCUCCUCAACCAGCCACCCACUUGCUCAGAUGUGACAGAGGAGUUGAAUAACGGGGCGUUGGUACAGCCUGGGCAGGAAGCCAGCGAGGGCAGCAAAAAGGUGGUGGUGGCGGCGGCACCUGCCGGUGGAAAAGCCGGAAGGCCUAUAAUGCCACCACCUCAAGUGCCUCUGUCAUUGUCUUCCACCUCACCUGCCAAAAUGGCCAAUGGUACAGCGGGAGCCAAAGUAGCACUGAGAAAGACCAAACAGACAGCUGAGAGAAUCUCCGCCGACAAAAUCAGCAAAGAGGCUCUGCUGGAGUGCGCAGACCUCCUCUUGAGUGCCAUUGCCGAGCCCACCACAAACAGCCACUUGGUGGACACGGGGCACCAGCUGUUGGAUUACUGCUCAGGCUACGUGGACUGCAUCCCGCAAACGCGCAACAAGUUUGCCUUCCGGGAAGCUGUGAGCAAACUGGAACUCAGCCUGCAGGAGCUGCAGGUGUCCUCAGCAGCUGCUAGCGUGCCCGGAGCAAACCCUGUACUUAAUAACUUAUUGUCUUGUGUUCAAGAAAUCAGUGAUGUUGUCCAGAGGUAGCUACUGUUUAUAAUCGCCCAGUUAGGAGGAAAGAAGUCUACACCCAGUGGAGGGAGAAGGGUCAGGAUGACUACCUUCUGGUGUUUUUCCCCUACCUUGAUACUUUGGAAAGGAAAGACUGAUACUUGAGUGAGUUUUAUGUGAAGUACCUCAAAUCACUGAGCUCUCAUGUUUACAGGUUCAUCUCAGUACAUGGGGCAGAUGGGGAGGGGGAAGCCAAGCUUCAUUUGGUGGGUGGGGUGGGGGUCAGACGGUUUGCAGCUGAGUGAGGAGGGCAGAAUGUCAAGAACUUGCCCUAGCCAGAAAAUGGGGAGCUUAUUCUCCGAUUCCCCUUCCAGAAGGUAGGAGAACCAAGAACAGGGCCUUGAUUUUGGGAAGAGCCUGCUGAUCUCCACAAUGUUGUUCAGAUGACCAGAAUUAUUGGAGAGGGGGUGGGGUGGGAUCCUUUUCUGCACUACUGCAUGUUUUGACCUUCUGGGAUUGUGAGAGAAAGGUUCAGAGGCUCCAUUGGAACGGAAGUGGACUGAUCUUCCCAAGAGGGAGAGGGUUUAUUUUGGGGGAAGGUCUGUGGAGCUGCUGGAAGUGGUGCGUCCGCUCACCUGGCAUAACUUCCACAGUGCAUUUUGCUGCUGUAGUAAGAGUUGCAAAAAAAACCCCUAUCCAAUAUACACAUCCCUUUUUUUGUCAUCCUUCUCACAUAUUUUACUAUCCACACAUCCAGUCCUUCACAGCUUCUUCCAUGAUGGUUAAGCUGACUUGCCACUGGAUCAAUCUCUCUCACUCCCACUCACUCACUCACUCACUCUCACUUGCACGCACACUCAGACUGGCUGUCAUCACCCUGGUAGUGUAGCAUGGGUAUCUAACCUGGCACUCACUUGAGUAGUUUGGGCUGUAGCACAAAUUUGCCAGCAUGUGUCCAAAAGCUGUAAUGUCUGUUUUUAAAUGUUGAUACAACAUUGGCCCCCUCUCCUUUGAUAAACCUUGAGGGGCCACCCUGGAUUAAAGUCACUGCAGAAUGCUGCUGUUGCUCUCUACAUUCCUUUUUUAUAUAUAUAAAAAUGCUUACCCUAAUCCAGCUACUUUUUUGAGGGAACCAGAAACCUGAGCUCAUAAUGUCUCCUGUUAGAAUUACAAUUGGGCUCCUUUGGCAGUACCUAGUCAGAGUAAUUACUUUACCAUCCGUAUUUUAUAAUAGGACCUUUGCCCUAUUCAGAAUUACGAGAUACUGUUUGGUUUUCCUAGAAAUGCCCUGAAUGUGUAGCGUAAUGGGGCGAAGGUAUUCAAGAGGGUAAAAUUGAGUUUGGUGUCUGGGAGGAGGUGAAGAAGGAGCCCUAAAAUAAGAAUGGUCCUCAUCACACUCUUAAGCGUGAAAGAUCUUAGCAAAUUUGGGGUUCAGUUGAGAUCAGGGUGAGGAUGGCGGAGGAGUUUGCAUGCCGUUGUCCUUCCUGUAGAUAGCAUCACAAGCUUGCGAUUGCCUUUUUCCGGCUAUCCCUUUUUUUGAGCAGGAAGCAUUGGACAUCCAUAUGGAUUGGACACUACUGGUAUGGUUGGGUUGGAGCAAUGCCCGUGCCAUCAUGCAGACAGUCGAUGCCACGUAAUGUAAAGCAGGCCUUGGUUUCUGUCUUCAGCUGUUCUUUCCUGUUCUAGAAAAUUCCCAGAUUGUCUUGAUAUGCAGGUGUUAUCCACCUGCUGGACUUAGCCGUUGUAGUAUGGUUAAGGUCUGCUGUAUGCUGCUAUUCCUGUGACAUCUCUCUUAUAAACACAAGAACAUGAAACCUGUUACCUGAUAUAACACAUAGAAAUGCUUCUCUCACACAGCUAUAGUUCUGUCGUUGCUGAACUGAAGCUUUGAGAGAAGUUGAAUUGCCCUGGCAAGGUGUAUAUCUCUUAGGCAUGGGAAGAAUUCUGGCUCUCAAAAAUCCAGCACUUCCUUGUGCCCCCAGAAGGUAUUUGGCAAAGGAGGGAAGGCGUGUAGUUCUUGCUGGGGACUUGUAUGCCCCUUCUGCCCCACAAGAAAAUUCAGCACAGGAUCUUCCCAUCAUUUGUUAGCAGCAUUGGUCUUAAAUAAAAUAAAAAUCAGGGUCUGGUUUGUUUUGCACCUUAAUCUUUUUAAAAUGCGGCAGUUUUCCUUUUACAAGCUUGAGAGAUGGAAUUGUAUUGCUAUGCUGUUUGUUUUAUAUUGAACCUCCAGUGAUGGUGGAAGGGUGCAAACUUGCCGCUCGUUGGGGCAUUCUCUCCAAAACUCUGAUUUUGACUCCUUCUCCAUUGGCUGCACUAACUCAACAACCACCACCACAGCAUAAAAAGCAACUUCUCCCAUGGUUUAGCCUAGAACUAGAUUGGCAAUGAACUCUGACAAAUGGCCCUUGCUGCUCUGAUGAGUGCAUGGCAAUGGAAAGGUGAAGGGGACCAGUUUGCUUCAUAGUCUGGACUGAAUAAAUCAAAAGUGGGCAAAUAGAGGUGAAGAGCCUGGCCAGACAUUACAUUCAUCAAAUGUAAAGUUGCCGUGACUAAACCAGGUUCCGAUUUGCUGAGAAUAUGGAAGGAUUCUGCAGAUGCAGGCAGAGAAAGACUUCGGCAAGCACACAGGAAAGCAGAAGACUCUAGGCAGGCUUCUCCUCCUUGAUUCUCUGCUGGUCUCUCCCCUCCCCACCCGACAGUUGGGAAGAAGAAGCUAGCACUAAGCAGAGAUGAGUGACCAAAGGAGAAAGGAGACCAGUGGUUCAUUGCAUCAUAAGAUUUGGAGGGAGCCUUGUAUACCACCUGGUCCAACCCUACUCAAUGCAGGAAGCCCAGGGCAAGAGCCAAGAGUCCAGCCUCUGCUUAGAAACCUCCAGAGCCUGAGAGUCUACCAUCCCCCUAGGUAACUAUUGUCAGCCUGUCCUAUUAAAGGAGCUUCUUCUGACGUUCAACAUAAGUCUCCCCUUCUGUAACUAAGCCUUGCCCUCUUGGGCAACAGACACCAAGUCUUUGCCCUCUUCUGUGUGACAGCCCUUUAGGCAGGGCUCUUUUUCCCCCCAGCUGGAGCUCUCCGGCCCCUCUCAAGAGGGCACCAUUGCUACUCUUAAGAGAACAAAGGAGAAGUUCAUGGUGAGCUCUGGCACCUCUUUUUCUAGAAAAAUAGCAUAGCCUUUAGGUAUUUGCAGAGUGAUACAAUAUUCCACCAUAGCCUUCUCUUUGUCAGGCUAAGCGCACCCAGUUUCCUUAACCUUUCCUCAUAGGACAUCUUUUCCAGACCCCAGCCGUCUUCACUGCCAUCCUCUGAACCCAUUCCAGUUUGUCUCUAUUUUGCCAAAACUAGCCGGCGAUCCAGUGCCCGGGGGCCUACUGUUAAUGCCUGCUCUGGUCGCCUUUUUGUAGCAUUCCUCAGAGGUCCAGUGUCCUUUUUUUCCUUUGGCAUAGGCACAGCUGUCAGUACCCAUCACCUGCUCCAAGCUCCUUUCCAUUCAUUGCUGCUGUCCGUGGUGACUACUCGUAUCACCUGCUUCCAUCCUGCCAUAAUGACCCCCCCUAUGCUGCAUCAGAACCAGGGACAUGGGGAAGCCAGAAUGUUGAGCAGUGGUGAAACCUUUUCAUUCUAAGCCACUGGACUUUGCAAGCCUGUGUAUCCAUCCCUAGUGGUGCAGUAUUUUGUAGAAGAGAGCCCUGAAGGGACCCUAGCAAGGGCUCCUCCAACCUAGACAUCCUCAGCUCUCAAAAUCAAUCUCCAUUGAAUUUCUUGGAGAAAACACUACCUAGCCUGUCUGUGUUGAGGAGCUUCAGGAUUCUUAGCAGCCAGGGCUUGGCUUAAAUGUGACAAUUUUUUAGUUGAUGAGUAAUGCAUAGCCUGGUUUUCAGAUACCUCUGUGUGUUGAAGCAGGGGCAACCUAGCAAAAUUUUAUUCCGGGUGUUGUUUAACCUUUGCAUAGACAAUUUUUGAAGGGGGUGGACCCAAAAUGUUCUGCUCCAAACAAAACCACAGUCAGUAUGUGUUAAGUUGGAUAACAGAAAGUAGGAGCACUGUUGCAACUCCCCCCGGUUCUUGUUGGCAGGGUUGUCUGCAGGCCCAGGCCGAGCUCUUGAGUAGAGAAUGCAGCCAUCAUCUCAUCAUCUUGGUCCUGUGUAAAUAUAUGUUAAAGGCACACUGUUGUUAUGUUCCCUAUCUCAGGUACCUUCUGAAGUGGGGAAACUUGGAAAGAAAUACAUUUUGGAUUGCACUACUAACCCCACAAGCAGCAAUACAGCAACAGGGAAUCUCUGAGGCUUUAGCAUAAGGUUAGAAAUGGCCAUCUUUAAGCUUUCUUGAGAGGUUAUCUGGCUGUUUCCCCCAGCCAGAUUGAUGCAUGUUGAUCAUGUUGAGGAUGAUCCGAGUUGCAGCACAAAACAUCUGGAGGCUGAGGGCGGCUGUUCUGCAGCAAAGCAAGAGGAGGCCAGAAUCCUUUCUAGCAGUGCACCAUUUUGAACUUCUCACUCUACCUAGAAGUUGUGCUCUUGGGAAAGCCAUAGCUGAAACAUAGGGAAAUGGACCAUGUUUCAACUACAGUACAAGCUUCCAGAAUUUAUUAUGAUUUAUUGGGCAUGCUUUUAGCCUGCCGUUCAUCUAAGUAGAUCACAGAGUGUGCAGUACACAAACUACAUACAAUUACGUUCUAUGAUAUUACAUAAAAUCAGGGUGGUGGUGGUGGUGGUGGUUAUAAACCAGUUAAAUAGGCAUCAGGUUACCAGUAAGAACAGGAGAGAUUUGAAAGUACACUUAUCAGCAGAUCUCACAAAUGAACUUGUAGAUGGCUGCAGUUGGAUGUCGCCCAUAGUUCAUGUGCAGACAAUAGCACAGGGACGCCAACCUUGUCUUAACUUUAUUUGGGGGUUGGCUUGUUUUAAAAUCAUCCUUGAUGCCUGAUUCUUCAUUCUGAUUGUUUUCUUUCCUCCCCUGUCAGUUUUGUUGCUGCUGCAGGACUUGGGGGGACAAGAGUUCUUGGAGAACUCAAGAGUGGCUCCUGUCCAUUUUGAGUGAAAAUGCCACACACCCGUCCGAUUGCUACUUCAGCUUUCCAGAACUAAACUUGUCCUGAAAUGGCCCUGGGGUUAGCUGCUACAGUUAUUUUCCUCCCAGCCACAAACUUUUUUGGUGGGUGCAGGUGGGGGCUGACCAGUGGUGUUGAAUCCCUCUAAAUAAUCCACAUCAGAGCAAUUCGAUGUAGAAAAAGAUUAGGGUUAAACAUUAACCUCCAUACAUUUUUUUCCCCUCAAGCCUUUUUCAAAAACUAGUUGCGUCUUCUCUCCCCACCUCUUUGAACUUUGCUUGGGUUGGUUCUUGGUCAUCUUCCAUUUGUGGUUUGGAUAGUUGGGUGCAUCAUAAUUUAAUGACUCAAAACUGUGAGGACAGUUGGGAAGGAAAGAUGGUGCUUGCAGCAUGAAUGACCCUGCUAAAAGCACAUGAAGAAGUAUGAGGCCCUUGUUAGAGAAAGGAAAUAGUGACCUGUUCUUUGCUCCUUCUGCCCUCGGGGGAAGAGAAAAUCACAGCAUAGCAUUUCUGGGAUCCCUCUUUUGAGAAAACUGCUCGUGGUCACUGUAACACUACAACAUGUGGGUGUCUUGUAUACAUGGACUGCUUCCUUAUUGACUUCAGAGUUUGCAAAUGUAGGGCAGUGAUGCUAAUCGCAGCAUUCACAGAUUACUGUUUUGUUUUGUUUUUAAUUAUAACUUCUUACAACGAUCCUAGUGGCCAGUUUCCCUUGGAAUUGUAAGGAGUGAAUCGGUAUCCAAAUUCAAGUAGUUUCUUGCACAAUUUGUAUCCAGUUGAAAAUAGACUUUGCUGCACUUUUGAUGACAGUAAUUGAAGAGGGAGGCUGCUGCACCCACUUGGCUUUUUUUAAAAAAAAAGUAAUUGUGGCGCUGAGCUUUGGUCCAUAAAUCAAACUCCCUGUACCCACAAAACACAAUGCAAGAUUGUAACAUGAAAACAAACCAACCCAUGGCUGGGGUCUCAGCAGGCAUCUUAAACACAGUGCACAGGGGGCCCCAGCCAAGCAGGGAAGAUUCUUGAGCCUGUGGACUUGUAGAAUAGGGAGGAACAUAUUCCUCCUUGCCAACUAAGGACUGGAGCUUGCAGGAGUACUUUACCUGAUGUUGCUGGUUUUAUAGCAAGAUUGUAGAUACUGUACAUGUUCUCUAAGAAGGUUUCCACGUGCACCGGCAUGUUAUGACAUAUGCGCUCUUCCUGUGGACUGUUUCAUAAGUGUUGAGUUCAGAGAUUUCUAAAACCUCCUGUCUGUAGUAGGUUGUCAAGCACGAAGCUUGCAAAGCAUUCCAAACAGGUGAUUUCCUGGCAAGCAGGCAGGGUUUGCGCAGUCUCCAAGGUUGGCUGAACAGUGGCAUCAGUGGUGGUGAAAUCCUUGCUCCCCUUCUCACAAUUCUUACUGCGUGUUUGCCAAAAACAAAAAAGGCCUUAAUUAUAUACCCUUAGCCCCUUCACCCGGUGUGAAAAAGCAAGUUGCUGCUGCAGUAAUGUGGACCAUUUCACAAAAAUACAGUGGUGCCCCGCAAGACGAAUGCCUCGCAAGACGGAAAACCCGCUAGACAAAAGGGUUUUCCGUUUUGGAGGUGCUUCGCAAAACAAAUUUCCUAUGGGCUUGCUUCGCAAGACGAAAAUGUCUUGCGAGUUCCUGCGGGGUUUUUUUCCUUUUCCCCAAGCCGCUAAGCCGCUUAUCAGCUGAUCCUAAGCCGCUAAGCCGCUUAACAGCUGAUCCCUUAAGCCGCUUAUCAGCUGAUCCGCUAAGCCGCUAAUAGCGCUAAGCCGCUAAUAGCCGUGCUUCGCAAGACGGAAAAAACCGCAAGACGAAGAGACUCGCGGAACGGAUUCUUUUCGUCUUGCGAGGCACCACUGUAAUAGACUCUAAUGGUAAUUCUGCUCCAAUUCUAUACCACUUCGGGAUUCAUGUGGGGGGGUCACAGAUUAAUAACUUUCUAAACAGACAAAACUAGUAUUUUGGGGAAAUGGGUUCAUGCUGUCCUUUCUGGCAUGCCAUUUUCCUUUUCCUUUUAUAUGGAAGAGUGUGCGGAGCUCCCCUUCCCCGUGAUCCCAGUGGUACAGUCCUGGAGAUGCUUUUUCCACUUGGUUUUGCAGAGUACAGUGGUACCGCUAGUUACGGACUUAAUUCAUUCCGGAGGUCCAUUCUUAACCUGAAGCUGUUCUUAACUAGAGGUGCUUUCGCUGAUGGGGCCUCUUGCUGCCGCUGUGCCGCCGGCACACGAUUUCCGUUUUCAUCCUGGGGCAAAGUUCUCAACUCGAGGUAACUCUUCCAUGUUAGCGGAGCUUGUAACCUGAAGCGUUUGUAACUCGAGGUACCACUGUAGUAUAAAGUGGCCCUUAGGAGUAGUCGGACUGACCAAAUAGACCCCUUAUGGCUCCACCUGGGAGCACAGAGGCCCAGAGCAGCUAGCAGCCGCCUCUUUCUACAAGGCACAGCGAUGGUUUUUGAAAGCUGGGCUUCAGAAAUGACCACGGCGACUUAAGCAUCGAGCAUUCUCAGAAACGACCACUUUCUGCCACCCAUUCACAAUUCAGUUCUGUACGCAACGGACUCUGCACAGCUAUUUUUAAGUAAUACUCGUGGGAUGAAACGGUGGCCUUUUCCAUAUUCCAGAAGGAAUGCCUAAUUUCUCUGCAGUUGCCUAAGGAAAACGGACCCGUGUGUGUGUUGUGCAAGAGUCAGGCUUCCAGGGUGGGAGGGAAGGGUUGCGGGGAAAGAUGUUUAAGGAUUCUACUCAACUCGAGCACUCUGUUAGUUGGAUUAAUAGUUGAAGUCACUGAGGAGAGAAAUGGAUGAAAUUGAAAAUAUGCUGAUCACACGCAAACCCACACUACUAGUGUUGUUAAUUGUUGUUUUUGUUUUUUUUUAUUGUUGUAAUAUAUUUGGGUUUUUUUCUAAUUUAAAUUUUCACUAUUGCCUGACUGUGAACUGCAAACAGUGUUAACUUGAUAUAAAUAGGGGCCUUUGGAGGAGGCGCCUCUGCCUGUCGUUCCACAAAGAUUUUUGCCAAUUUGCAUUUUGUUUUGAAUAAAAGUUGCAAUAUUUUAUUGGCAAAUAAAGGUUGACACAUGAUUAUUAUUUUUAAAGUGUGUGGCUUUUAAGAGAAUAAAGAUGGAGAAUGUGAUGAAGACCCCUGCCCCAGUCACAGACACGUAAGUUUGGAAGGGGGGCUUUCUUGGCAACAACAUUGCUUAAAUUUGCUUGUAGGGGUCAGAGUAGAUGUCAAAUUGAAAAACAGGCUGACAUUGUAUAACCAAGUUAUCCUAUAUUAAAGACUGAGGAAACGGUGUUGUUGUUGGCUAAGCUGCUCCUAGUGCAGGCAUCUCCAACCUUCGGCCCUACAAUUCCCAUCAUCCCUGACCACUGGUCCUGUUAGCUAGGGAUCAUGGGAGUUGUAGGCCAAAACAUCUGGAGGGCCGCAGGUUGGGGGUGUCUGUCCUAGUGUCUUGACAGCAUCAGGGUGGGCAGUGUGGCACAGCUGCGGAGGAGGUGGUAGGGCUCACAACUCUCAUCAUGGAGAUGGAUGAGACAAGAAAGCAGGUUGAGGGGAUCCCCCCAACCCGAUCCUCACUAGCAGCCUGUCCCAAUCCCAGCAGAGGCCCCCCACAUUCUGCUGGAACCCUCCCUUGGGUGAUCUGCAGACAUUCCUGUCUGCAUUAUCCUGACGCAGCCAGCCCAUGACACGUUGGUGUGGUAAGAAUCGGGAAAUUCCUUUAAAAUAGUACAGAGAUGGUACUUGUCUCCAUAGGUCUUGAGAAUGGUGUGCAGUUCAGUAAACCUCCAAAGUCUGAGUGGCUGUGCAGAGAGGUAUAUUCUUCCACAUGUGAUAGAGGUGCCUAGCCAAACAGAACUUGAAGACUAAAAGGUAAAGGGACCCCUGACCAUUAGGUCCAGUCGUGGCUGACUCUGGGGUUGUGCCACUCAUCUCGCUUUAUUGGCCGAGGGAGCCAGCGUACAGCUUCCGGGUCACGUGGCCAACAUGAAUAAGCCGCUUCUGGCGAAACCAGAGCAGCACACAGAAACUCCAUUUACCUUGCCACCAGAGCAGUACCUAUUUAUCUACUUGCACUUUGUGGUGCUUUCAAACUGCUAGGUUGGCAGGAGCAGGGACCAAGCAACAGGAGCUCACCCCGUCGUGGGGAUUCGAACCGCCAACCUUCUGAUCGGCAAGUCCUAGACUCUGUGGUUUAACCCACAGUGCCACCCGCGUCCCUAACUUGAAGACUACUACUAACCAAAAAGAAACCAGCACAAUGGCAGGUGUGACUGUUGUUCUCUUUUGUUUGUCACAGAAAAUCCUCUGCGCAAAGAAGCACUAAUGUUUUGAGUAGUGACAGCACAUCAUAGGUUCUACAAAUAAUAUGGCAAGUCCACAACUGACCAUUGGUAUUUUCAGAUAUGGAAUCUAUAUCCAUUUUUUAGAAAAAAGACAAAGUAACUAAGGACAUAACAUUAGAGACACAUAAAUAUGCUCCUUCAUAAUAUGACAUUGCUUUAUUUCAUAUGUUGUAACCCCCCCAAAAAAACUAAGCAACCAAAUGGGCAACUGGCAAAGGACACAUCAAGUUGCAGAAUAGAGGUAGGGAUUGAAUAUCCAUAUGACUGGCCAUUGGGCUUAUAUUCACACUGUAUGGUGACCACAAAUAUUGUUCUCUGUCUAUAUUUUAGUGUUAUCUAGAAAAACAAUACUGUACAAGCAAGUUCUUAAAACAGCAGUAUGGGGCCCUGAUCCAGUUCAGGCCCGCCAAAGGAGUAAGCACUUUUCUUCCCCCACCACAGCACUGCUGUUUGCACUGAUUUAAAAAUCGAAACAAAAAACAAGUGGGGAGUUCGAAGCACGAGAUUUAAAAAAGUGUCACCAUAUCUAGCCAGUCCUCAAGCUGUCAAAAUAAAUGUGCGAUGUCAAUAUCUUUUAUGGGCCACCUGAGUCUGCAAAUUAUGUCACCUGCUGUUGAUUAGGGCUGCUCUUCCUUAAAGACUUUUUGUUUGUUCAUCCUCUCCAAAAUCCUGUGCUUUAUUUUUUUCCAGAGGGGAGCUUUUCUCAAAAAGCAAUGCUAGUAUUUAUCUUAUCUAUCAUGCUGUUCCUUAAGGGAGUUCAAGACAGCAUAAAGAGCAUCCCGUGUUACCCUUGCAAAGUGCGGUAAGUAAACCUGAGGCCUCCCUGUGAGUUUCCUGACUGGAAAUCCCAGUUUCCAUGACCCAGGUCUGGCCAAAUCACCACACUGGAAGACCUCUGCUCAGCAUUGGCACAUGGGACAUUGGGACACAAACACCUCAUCAGUCUCAAACAUUUCCGAUUUGCCAAGUCACCCUUCUCUGAACAGUAUGGAAGUUGUGUGCUUAUUUUUCAUUUGAGGUUUUCAACCAUAAAACUGUGCCAAAGGUCCAUAAGUCCAGUGGCUGAGCAGCUGGCCACACUUCUGUGUGUAGUAUUGCAAAUCCUCUUCACAAGGAUGACAACAUUGGAAAGUAUCUUUGACCCUGUAGACCAAAGUGUGGUUACUCUGCAUGUUGUGUCAUAUUCUUCUCUUGCCUUUGUUGCAUGUGCUUUUUUAUCUUUUGGCAAGCAAACCUAGAGAGCAAACACACAGUUUUCUGUGUGCAGCAGUCCUCAACUGUAAUAAGCAAAUACUGCUGUAGUUUACCUGGAGGACAUUCUUUCCACAUCUGGGGGAGGCAGGACAGCGGGAGGCAAGCAGAGACAACGAUCCACCUGCCCACCCUUUCCAGUCCCCCCAAGCUCCAGAAAGGGGCCCAAUAAGGCCACCUCAGCAUGACUACAACAGGGGGGUGUCUUAGGGCCCAGUGGCUCCUCUCCUUUGCCCAUCUCUGGUCCCACAUAACAACAGAGAGGUGAGUGAUAGAGACGGUAUCCAAAUGCCAUACAAUUUGACCUCGGGAUCGGUUUGUCCCAACCUCUCAUUCCAGAAAUCCAGUAAAACAUCAGGCUUACUGAUGGACCACUCAACACUUGUUGGACAUCAGAGCCCUAGGUUCUGCUCCUCUUCUGGGAGAUCUGGAAUAUCUUUAAUCGCAUCCUUGGUGCCAAACAGCAUGGAGACAUUUGCACAAUUCUAGACUUC